GCCCGCGCGGCGCCACCCCAGCCGCCUGCCCGCCGCUCCCUCGGCCGCCGCCGCCAUGUCCUCCUCCUCCUCCUCCCCCAGGGAGACGUACGAGGAGGAGCAGGAGUACGAGAGCCAGGCCAAGCGCCUCAAGACCGAGGAGGGGGAGAUCGACUACUCGGCCGAGGAAGGCGAGAGCCGCCGGGAAGCGACGCCCCGGAGCGGGGGCGAUGGCGGCAGCGGCCGGAGCUUCUCCCAGCCGGAGGCAGGUGGAAGUCAUCAUAAAGUUUCUGUUUCACCCGUUGUCCAUGUUCGAGGACUCUGUGAAUCUGUGGUGGAAGCAGACCUUGUGGAGGCUCUUGAAAAAUUUGGGACUAUAUGCUAUGUGAUGAUGAUGCCAUUUAAGCGGCAGGCUCUCGUGGAAUUUGAAAACAUAGAUAGCGCCAAAGAAUGUGUGACGUUCGCUGCGGAUGACCCGGUGUACAUUGCUGGUCAACAGGCUUUUUUCAACUAUUCUACAAGCAAGAGGAUCACUCGGCCGGGAAAUACUGAUGACCCAUCAGGAGGCAACAAAGUUCUUUUGCUGUCAAUUCAGAAUCCCCUUUAUCCGAUUACAGUGGAUGUUUUAUAUACUGUAUGCAACCCUGUUGGAAAAGUGCAGCGUAUUGUUAUUUUCAAGAGAAAUGGGAUACAAGCAAUGGUUGAGUUUGAAUCAGUCCUUUGUGCCCAGAAAGCUAAAGCAGCACUCAAUGGAGCAGACAUAUAUGCUGGAUGUUGCACACUAAAAAUUGAAUAUGCCAGGCCAACGCGUCUAAAUGUUAUUAGGAAUGACAAUGACAGUUGGGACUACACUAAACCAUAUUUGGGAAGACGAGAUAGAGGAAAGGGUCGCCAGAGACAAGCCAUUUUGGGAGAACACCCUUCUUCGUUUAGACAUGAUGGCUAUGGAUCCCAUGGUCCACUGUUGCCUUUACCAAGUCGUUACAGAAUGGGCUCUCGAGACACACCUGAGCUUGUUGCCUACCCACUGCCGCAGGCUUCUUCCUCUUACAUGCAUGGAGGGAAUCCCUCUGGGUCUGUCGUCAUGGUUAGUGGAUUACAUCAACUAAAAAUGAAUUGUUCAAGAGUCUUCAACCUCUUUUGCUUAUAUGGAAAUAUUGAAAAGGUAAAAUUUAUGAAGACCAUUCCGGGUACAGCACUGGUAGAAAUGGGUGAUGAGUAUGCUGUAGAAAGAGCUGUCACACACCUUAAUAAUGUCAAAUUAUUUGGGAAAAGACUUAAUGUUUGUGUAUCUAAACAACAUUCAGUUGUUCCAAGUCAAAUAUUUGAGUUGGAGGAUGGUACGAGUAGCUACAAAGAUUUUGCAAUGAGCAAAAAUAAUCGCUUUACAAGUGCUGGCCAAGCAUCUAAGAACAUAAUCCAGCCACCCUCUUGUGUGCUGCAUUAUUACAAUGUUCCGCUGUGUGUCACAGAAGAGACCUUCACAAAGUUGUGUAAUGACCAUGAAGUUCUUACCUUCAUCAAAUAUAAAGUGUUUGAUGCAAAACCUUCUGCCAAAACACUUUCUGGGCUAUUAGAAUGGGAGUGCAAAACUGAUGCCGUAGAAGCCCUUACUGCACUAAAUCACUACCAGAUAAGAGUUCCAAAUGGUUCCAAUCCCUACACAUUGAAGCUUUGCUUUUCUACAUCAUCCCAUUUAUAAGAAGAGAUGAGCAUGUUAGAAUUUAUGUUCACCUUUAUUACAAUUUUAAAGCUUACACUUCAUUUAAAAAAUCUAAAGUGGUUGAUCUAAUGUUGCCUUGCUUACUUUGAUUCAAGAUCCUGUUCUGUAAUAAACAGAUAUUUUGCCUCAAGUAAAUUUGUUGUAAACUUAAAUAUUGAAUUGUUUUCAUUUAAAAAUAGAAUAUCAUAACGUAGACUAUCUACAGCUUCAUUGUAGAUUAUGCAAAUACAUGAUUUCUAAUCUUAAUUGCUAUAAUUUUUCUUUUACAGUGAAAAUAUAUUUGCAUUCUUAAUGCUAAUUAUCUGCAAGUAUUUUUCCAUUGUGUAUGAGAUUGAUGCAGGUGAAAGUAUUGCAUUUUAAUAUUAUAGAAUUCCUAUUAUAUGGUUAAGGAUGUUGCAGUUAUUCAUAUUAAACAUAACUUGUAUUUAUUAAGUAUUUUAAUCAAGUUUGAGAAUAACAUUGCACAUAUUGAAUUUUAAGUACUACAGAGUUGUCCGAUUUUAUAUUUCCGAAAGGCUAGUGGACGUAUGGAUACACUUGUACAGUAUGCACUCGAACUUAUUUAAAUUGGUGUAUUUUUUUUUUUUAAGUCAUUGUCCAUUUAUAUUGACAUGCUUCUACCUGUUUCUAGUUCCAGUUUGGAGAUUUUAUAAAGUUACAGCAACAAGAUAAUGCAUUCUUCUUUAUUUGUUGCAUGUGACUUAAUCUUGAAAAUACGCCUAAUACUUGACAUUGAGAUUUUAGUAGAAGUUGUGGUUAAGAGUUCCUCUUCUAGAUAAUAAUCUGGGAUUCGUGGAUGGCCUUUACUGGGUCUGAACCCCUUAAAGUUGUAUGUAGAAUUUUGGGUAUUUGCAUUUUAUUUUUUACUCUUGGAUCCAUCAGUAAUAUAUGUAUUUUUCUAUAUGGUGCAAGGUGUAAGGAUCUAAUUUUAUUUUUAUUCCAAACAAAUAGCUAUUUGUCUCAACACCAUUUAUUAAACAUUUCUUUCUUCCACUGGAUCUGUUUUCUUUUCUAUGAAAAUAAUAUACAUAGGCAAAUAAGAUUUAAGAACUAAACAUGGUAGUAAGACACUAUAGCACACUUGUUUCAAGUUUACUGCUUUUUUGUAAUAGAAAACUGAUGCGUCCAUUUUAUUUUCAUCUUUAAAAGAAAGAAUACGUGUCAUCUACCUGGAAUAACUGUGAAGCCCAUAGUUGGCAAUGCCAGUUUUGUGGUCUUGAGACUUUUAAACAAAUUUACAAAGAAAAGCUUCACUUAGAUCUUUUGUAAGGGCUUUAUUUUGGAUCUUAAUGUAAAUAAGGCAGUCCGCCUUACUCCUUUUAGAAAUGAAGUAGUGGUUUUAAAAACGUAAAGAGCUAUUUAAUAGAAAGUUUAGGUUGAAACCAAACACACCAUCAGUUACUUCCUCUUGAAUUUUGACAGCAGUAGACCAAUGUCCCUUUAGCCUUCUAAACAUAGAAAAAUUUAAAUGGAAUCUAGAAGCGUUUCAGAUCCCGAUCGUGGGACCCAAUAAGUUUUGCCACGGGAAACUUGAGUGUGAACUGUUAAGUGUGCGAUACUGAAUUAUGUAUGUUUCUUAUUCAUUGCCAAUUUAAUAUCUAAGUUAACUUUACAAUAAACAAAACCGUUUCCCCCUACAAAUACUUUUCUCCAUUUGUUGCGAAAUUGAAAUGUCUUAGUUUUAAAAGGUCACCUGUGGACUUACGUAGUAGUUGUCUCCUUCCCUUCCCCUCCUCUGACAACUAGUAGGGAUCUUCAGGGUUACAGAUAUUCUGUGUCUAAGAUUUGAGGAAACAAGUCUGUGGAGAGUGGCAGGGCUUGUUCAAUUUAGAUCCGCUUUAAGUGGUAUUGACUUCUAGGUGUGAACUCUGUGUUAAUACUCUCUCCCCACCAAAAACACAAAUGAGUUCCUCAGGAGUAAACUAGUAAGCUGGGCCUUGCUGCAGUGACCUGUGGACAGGUAUGUCAGCCCUGUAUUGCAGCUGUCACUCAUGUCUUUGCAGCUUGGGGAUGACCACUGUGAUGGAGCCUGCUGUGGCAGCACGUGCUCUUAGCCUUGACCACAACUUUCUUUCUUGUCUUUUUGCUGCCCUUCCUAUCUUUUUGCUUUUAGGAGAACAUGAAAGAACAGAUUUUGGGAGUUGUAAAGAGUAAGUACUGGCUCUGAGUUUUGUUUUUUUUUUUUAAAUUUGAAAUCCAGUCUCCAUGUCCAAAUUGCAUAAAUGAUACUUAUAUUAAUAUAUAUAUAUAUACACAGUAAUUAAUUGAUAAUAAACCUGCCAGACCACAUUAUAGAAUAUGAGCUGCCUUCUAAAAUCCCCACUUAUAUAUAUGCAACUUAAAAAUUCUGUCUACUAUGUAAAUUAAAUCUUUUUUUAUUAAGUCAUAUAGAACUGUCAUUUGAAUUAAGUAAAAGAAAGCACUGAAUGAAUGACAGUUCUCGAUUUGGAAACUUACCUAGCUCUCUUGUGGUGUGACACAGCUAUCAGAUAGGCCAAGCUGCUGAACAGUCUUGAAAUACUUGCUUUGAGUCAAUACGAUAAUUUAUAAUCAUUUCUUAUUCCCUGCAGUAAUACCAAGUGAAAUCAAGAGGCAAUAUUAAUCCUUUCUGGGGAGUAGCUAUGUUUAUUGAGAGCCUAGAAAAUAAGUAAAUGGCUUGAAAGAUUUUGGCUGUUAGCAUAAUUUUAGUGUAGUUUAUUAGGUAUUUAACUACCUGGGGAAUAGCUUUGGGGCUGUAAAACUUUAUUACAAUUUACGAUAGUGAAACUUAGCUUAUUCUGAUAAUUUCUGGUUUUGGUUAUUUGAGAUAACCUUUUCCCCAGGAGAGCAGGGGAAGAAAAAAGACAAGGUAGAGAAUGCCUGUGUUGCCCCGUACUUUGUGUUUGGCAGUGAAUCUUGUCCUUAGCUGCAUUUCUAAUGUUCAAAGCAAAUUGUGUAAUUCGUUGAUUUUCAUUUAGAGUUUGUGAUUUUAUGAUGUCACAAAGCAUGAAUGUAAAGUAGAUGAGGUUACUUCUGCUAUAACUUAGGAGAUGCAAAGGAAAAAUGACAGCCGGAAUAAAAAUGUCUUUCAGCUUCUACAAAAACCAUUUUAGAAAUGUCACCUGCAGCUGUUUGGUCUCUGGGACGUUGAACUCAUUUGUCCAGCAUCUGUGAAGUGUGUGCAGUGUGCCAUACGGCAUAAGCUUGGGCGAGUGGCUAGCUUUUAAAAGUCAACAGGUUAAUUUAAGCUUAUAAAGGAAGCAGCAGAAAAAUGGCAAAAGCAAUUUUCCAGAUAUAAGGUGAAAUAUGCUGUAUGAGAAACUGAAAUUGAUUGAUGAAUCUUUGAGUAAUAUAACCUGUUUGGGAUUUUAUAAAUUGCACUAUAAAAUGGAAAAAUGAGGUCAAGGAAUGAUUGGCACUGUGUGGGGAUCGGGGUGGAAAGCAGAUAAAAUAAUUCUGUUUUACGUGUUAGGGAUGAGAGACCCAGGUAUUGUGGUCUGCUCAAGUUUAACGAAGUAUACAUAUAGGAAAAUUAUGACUUGAAGUUAAAUUUGUCUUAGAAUGCAGAUGUUAAUCCUCAAAAUUUUUAUACAAACAAAAAAGCCCUUUUGCUUCACUGAAAUAGUUGGCCUUUCUCAGUGGCUGGAGGUUACGGCUGUAUUAGCCCCAACUAUUUUAAUUGCUCUGGUAAAUGGUUAGAAGGCAGCUUAGUGGUUGCCAGGGCCCGGGGAGUGGGGAGUGACUGCCAGUGGGUAUUUCCUGUUGGGGCGGUGAAAGUGUUGUGGAACCAGACGGUGAUGAUGAUUGUACAACGUUUUGAAUGUACUCAGUGCCACUGAACUGUACACUUUAAAAUGGUAAGUUUUUAUGUUUUGUGUAUUUUACCACAAUAAAAAAAGUAACAAUUAGCCCAGUGAUCCUUUAGUUUAAACAAGAGCUAGUACAGUGCUUCAAGGCUUUGAUGUAGCUGGUUAGAUAACGUUGAGGAAGGGGAGUGUUAGGGGGAUUCUGUGGGUUAGUUUUACCUCCACAUCAGCGGAUGUGACAUUCGGUCUGGUUUAUGGUUACGAUGCCUUGGUGGCUGGCUGCUUCCAUGUGUUCCCGUUACUCCAGACUGUGGGGCAAGGGAGUUGGAUCUAGGAAGAGAGCCCACUGGGGACUUGUGUGCAAUGAGCAGUUACCAAAUAGGAUUUUUUGUGAGGAUGGAUAGGAGGCGGGCGUGAUUCCAUGAGUAGAAACUAGAAUUUCUCUAAACCAGAGUAAGUACACUUCAGGCUCUGCUGGGACUCUACCCUACUAGUUUUGAGUUACUUGCUUACAUACUCAUGAAUGUACUUAAAUUUCCUUGAAAAAUUAAAGAGUAUCCAGACUACCCAGUUACAUUUAGACUUUGACCAUGUGCUAACGUGUAUAAAAAAAAAAAAAUUUAUAGCUGCUUCAAAACCUUGAAGCGGGAUUCAAUGACACUGAUUUAUAUAUACGACAAUUGCAUAAAAACAUUUUUGUGUGUAAUAUAUCUGUAAUCCUUCAGUGGGCUUUAGGAGACCUUUUUAUCUAAAAGGAGCUAGACAAUGCAUUUUAUUUUAUGGACCUGUAUGAUACAUGAUAAAACCUGGGACUUUUCUGCCUAGUACAAAAUUGACAUGACUGAUGCCAGUAUCAGUGACCACAAUCAUGGCAGAGCUUUUCUUGUUGGAUUGUUAAAAGGAUAAGUAACACAAGACUGUUGCCAAUACAAAUCCAAGCUUGUCCUACACAGACCUGAUAAAAUUGCCUCUUAAUGCCAUGAUAUUUCCCAGUAAGGUGCUCGUAUUUGAGUAUAAAUUCCUACUGCUUAACCAAAAAGACAGCCUGUUGCGCUCCUUGCUGUGUGAUGACCUUUGGCUGCUUACAGCUUUUGCUCUAAACUGCGGUCUCAGAACUAGUAAAACCUUUAUUUUCGUGAGUUUAUGUUUCCGCAGUAGGUAAAAAUGCUUUCGGGUGUUAUUGCCAUUAUGUGAAAAACAGCCACAUGGUUUAUAAAUUGUAGAGCAAGUCACCUCAAAUGUAGAGGGAAAACAUCUUGGAGUUUCACCCUCAGUCCACUUGUUACCAAUGUGACGCAUUGGACAGCGCUGUAACCCAGAGUUGUGUUAGGGGUCAUGAUUCUCUUCCAGUGAAGAACAUGUGGCGGUAUAUAGGGGAAAGCAGAAGCUGAGGAAGGAGACCCAGGGUAUCGUCUAGCCUCUGUCACUAACUCUAUUUGGUCUUGGGCAUCACUUCCUAAGUCCAGUUCUUAUCUAUACAGUGUGGCAGCAAGACUACAUGAGAUGGUUUAUUCAGUAAUACAGUUCUAUUUCAGAGUGAUUUUUUUCUUCCUGGUUCUGUUCUGGCUCAGCAGUUAUCACUGGUACAAAGGGGCUGUUGUAUAAAUUAUUUGGAUAAAGUAGGUAAAAUUGUUGAGAAAAAGCUUUAUUUUUUGCCUGAAUAAUCCAGAUUUCUUAAAUUGAUCACAUUAAUCUAAUUAUUGUUCUCACUCCCUAGUAGAUUUGCUUUUGUAGCAACAGUUUUAAUGACAAAAGGAAAUGAUCAGGCCAUCUGCCAAUUCCCCACGUCCUAAAAAUUCUCACGUGAGGUUCCUUAAAACUGGUAUGGCUUGGAGGGGUAGCUGAACUGGGGAAAGAACUUUUUAUCCCAGCAUAUGGGAAGGUAGCUGAGGAGAUGGAUACCAAGCCACAGUGGUUCCAUUCUAUGGUGUUCCCAGAAUGUCCCCAACCACUUUAUUCAGGUUCUGGGUAGGAUAGAUGGGGCCAGGAUAUGGGUUGGAUUGCUAUGAUAAGGAUCAGGGGUAUGUUCGUGUUGGCACAUCUGGGUAUUGCGUUUGGAUAUCUUGAAAGCUGUGCUUUUCAAGGAUCAGCCUUUCUGAGUUUGAAGACUAUCUGAGGUAUACCAGUUCCUAACUCUGAGACUUGGAAAAAAGUAACACAGUAGUUAGAACUUUAAUUUUUUUUUUUUUUUUUUUUUUUGUGAAGCCCUGUGGCUAUGCGAAAAGUCUAAACUGAGCCUUCAUGGUCAGAAGAAAAUUUGACUGUGCCAUUGACUAUCUGUGGUGAGAGGGAGUGACCACAGGCAUCUUAAAGACAGCUCCGUUAAAUGGAAGAGGGCUCACUGAGUUGCUGGUUUCAUACUACCAGCCAACUUUGAUCACUUAUAAAUCUUGCCAGCUCUCAGAUUGUUGGAAGAAAUACCUCUUUGUACUGGCACAUGGGUGAUUGGAUAUACUGCAGGAAAGUGGCAUUUUUCAAUUAAGUUAACAGUUUAUACACAUGUCAAUGUAAUGUGUUGGGUUUAAGAAGGGACAGAAACAGAACUCAUAUUGCAUGCUGGUUGUUUUGGAUGAGUCCAAAAUGGUUCCCAAUAACUUUGAAGUAGCAUCGUGUGAUAGAGCACUGAGUUUGGACUUGCAAGAACUGGCUGCUUACCCCAGCUCUGCCACUAAUGAGUUGACCUUCAAGUUAUUUAGGGGACUUUUAAACCUUAGUUUCUCUUGUGUAAAAUGGAAACAAUAAUACCUGACCUACUUAUCGUACAGUGAAAUAAUAUAUAUAAAGGGAUUUUGGUAAUAGUCAAUACAGAUCUCCAGUAGAUAUUAGGGUAGUUUCAUUAAAGAGGGCCCCACACCACAGGUUCAUACUGACCCUUCCUUGGGAAGGAAAUACAGGCUGUACAACCCAGUCAUUGCUGUUGCGAAUCCGUAUUCAGCUGCUUCUUUGAGAUUUAUUCAGCAAUGCAAAUAGCUUCUAGAGAUAAAAAGUAGCAUAGCUCAGGUAUUAGAGAAUCUAAUAAAUUAGCUAUUCAAAAUAAUUUCUGCCUACCUGGAUGGUUCUUUGUGGGUCCCCCCCGCCCCCGACAUGGCUCAUUCAUAUAUUGAUAAAAACCCUUCGAAAUUCUGAAGGAAUCCCUGGGUGCCACAAACGAUUAAGUGCUUGACUGCCAGCCAAAAGGCUGGGGGUUCAAACACACCCAGAAGCACCUGGCACUCUGCUUCUAAGAGGUCACAUCUUUGAAAAUUCUAUGAAGCAGUUCUGCUCUACACACACGGGAUCACCAUGAAUCAAGAAUCAAGGGCAACUUACAACAGCAACAACAAAAUUCUAAAGGCAGGCAAAGUUACUAUUCAUUUUAACUAUUAGGUUUAAGGGAAAUUUAUGGUAGAAUUUACUUUUACUGUUUGUAUAUGUACAAAUACUUGUAUACACAGUUUUAGUAAAUGGAGAUCCCUUAUAUAACCAGGAUAUGGUACACAUAGACCUUUUUAUUUUUAGGUAAUACGGAGUUUUCUAUCCACAAUAUUGGAUUUUAAUAUUAUGUCGGCUGUAUCUGUUGUUUUGACAUGACACCCCCUUCAUCAAGACCUCUCAUCAUACUACUGUUCAUAUGGGAAAAUACUUCUUAAUUGUCCAAUUAAUGAUUAUUUUUCAGGAACUCACUGCCUGUCUGCCUGAAUAUUUCUGGUUUGCACUAUUUCACGGAAGUAUACCAAAAACAAAAAAACCCAACUAGCUGCCACUGAGGCAGUUUCAACCCCUGGCAACCCAAGUGUUUCAGAGUAGAACUGCGUAUUGGGUUUCAAUGGCUGAUUUUUUGGAAGUAGAUUGCCAGGCCGUUAUUCCAAGGCGCCUCUAGGUGGAUUCAAACUGCCAUCCUUUCAAUUAGUAGCCAAGCACUGAACUGUUUGUGCCAUCCAGAGAAGUAUAGGGUUUGAUAUAUUUGUGCUCUGCUCUGUGAAGAAGUACUGUAUAGGAGUUUGAAAGACAACUAGAUUAUAGUAUACAGCCCCUGUCAAUUCUUCGUCUGUAAAUCUGGAUUAAACAGACUUUUUUUUUUUUUUUUUCUUUUUCGUCAUCUUAAUGUUUCUGGGCUGCAGAGUCUCAGUUUUCUUUCUCUUUUUUCCUUUUAAUUUAUUCUAGUUAAGUAGCUCUUCUUUCCCCCAAAGGCUCAAGAUUCCUUCAUCAUUAAGUUGUCUCCUUUCUGGGUUUUCAGGUCCUUAGAUGUGGCAAGCAGAAUUGUAUGCCAGCGGCAGGCCCCCUCCAGUUUUUGUUAAGUUUAGGGAGCCAUUUUCCAUUUUGGUUUCCAUACCUUUAGAAGGAAGAGUGCUAAAAAGGAAAGGCCAUAGAAUUUGGAAUCAAAUUCUGGACUUAAGUCCUUGCUUGACUCUGCCUUUUUACUGGCUAUAUGAGUCUAAGUAAGUCUUUUAAAAUGGUCUGAGCCUCAGGAGUUAAUCUAUAAAAUGAGCAUGUUAAUAUCUUAUUUAUCAUUCUUAUCCAUUUAAAACAAAUUGAGUGGUAUAGAGUAGGCCUUUGCUACCAUUGUAGUGACCCUAUUUUUUUUUCUCAUUUGUGAAAAUAGCCAUUAAAUUGUGAACACACUACGGGCAUGGGUUUUUGUAUUUCCUUUCCUCUUUCAGUACCUCACCACAUAUUCAGGGUCUCCCACGUGAACUUUUCACAGGUGAGGGCUGUCUUCACUGGUGCCCAAGCCAAAGAGUGGCUUUGCCUAACUUCGUGACUGAGAUGAUGGUACAAGCGUGCUUAUCAGAGGAAGAUCAUACAAAUCUAAAAGGAAGUUAUAAUACUGAAGACCACAGAAUCAAGAUUAAAACCUAUCUUUUUAAAAAAUUUUUAUUGUGCUUUAAGUGAAAGUUUACAAAUCAAGUCAGUCUCUCACACAUAAACUUAUAUACACCUUAUUACAUACUCCCCUUUACACUCCCCCUAAUGAGUCAGCCCGCUCCCUCCUUCCAGUGUCUCCUAUUGUGACCAUUUUGCCAGUUUCUAACCCCCUCUAUCCUCCCAUCUCCCUUCCAGACAGGAGAUGCCAACAUAGUCUCAAGUGUCUACAUGGUGCAAGUAGCUCACUCCUCAUCAGGAUCUUUCUCCAACCCAUCGUCCGGUCCAGUCCACGUCUGAAGAGUUGGCUUCGGGAAUGGUUCCUGUCCUGGGCCAACAGAAGGUCUGGGGGCCAUGACCACCGGGGUCCUUCUAGUCUCAGACCAUUAAGUCUGAUCUUAUGAGAAUUUGGGGUCUGCAUCCCACUGCUCUCCUGCUCCCUUUGGGGGUUCUCUGUUGUGUUCCCUGUCAGGGCAGUCAUCGGUUGUAGCCAAGCACCAUCUAGUUCUUCUGGUCUCAGGAUGUUGUAGUCUCUGGUUCAUGUGGCCCUUUCUGUCUCGGGCUCAUAAUUACCUUGUGAGCUUGGUGUUCUUCAUUUUCCUUUGAUCCAGCUGGGUUGAGACCAACUGAUGCAUCUUAGAUGGCUGCGUGCUAGUGUUUAAGGCCCCAGACGCCACUCUUCAAAGUGGGAUGCAGAAUGUUUUCUUAAUAGAUUUUAUUUUGCCAAUUGACUUAGAUGUCCCCUGAAACCAUGGUCCCCAGACCCCUGCCCCUGCUACGCUGGCCUUCGAAGCAUUCAGUUUAUUCAGGAAACUUCUUUGCUUUUGGUUUAGUCCAGUUGUGCUGACCUCUUCUAUAUUGUGUGCUGUCUUUCCCUUCACCUAAAGUAGUUUCUAUCUACUAUCUAAUUAGAGAAUGCCCCUCUUGCACCCUCCCUCCCUCCCCCCUCUCAUAACCACAAAAGAAUAUGUUCUUCUCAGUUUAAACUAUUUCUCAAGUUCUUAUAAUAGUGGUCUUCUACAAUAUUUGUCCUUUUGCAACUGACUAAUUUCACUCAGCAUAAUGCCUUCCAGGUUCCUCCAUGUCAUGAAAUGUUUCAGAGAGAUUCCUCACUGUUCUUCAUCAAUGCAUAGUAUUCCAUUGUGUGAAUAUACCAUAAUUUAUCCAUUCAUCUGUUGAUGGGCACCUUCAUUGCUUCCAUCUUUUUGCUAUUGUAAACAGUGCUGCAGUAAACAUGGGUGUGCAUAUAUCUGUUCGUGUAAAGGUUCUUAUUUCUCUAGGAUAUUUUCCAAGGACUGGGAUUGCUGGAUCGUAUGGUAGUUCUAUUUUUAGCUUUUUAAGGAAGCGCCAAAUUGAUUGCAAAGUGGUUGUACCAUUUUACAUUCCCACCAGCAGUGCAUAAGUGUUCCACAGCCUCUCCAACAUUUAUUAUUUUGUGUUUUUUGGAUUAAUGCCAGCCUUGUUGGAGUGAGAUGAAAUCUCACUGUAGUUUUGAUCUGCAUUUCUCCAAUGGCUAAUGAUCGUGAACAUUUCCUCAUAUAUCUGUUAGCUACCUGAAUGCCUUCUUUAGUGAAGUGUCAAUUCAUAUCUUUUGCCCAUUUUUUAGUUUGGUUAUUUGUCUUUUUGCAGUUGAGUUCUUGCAGUAUCAUGUAGAUUUUAGAGAUCAGGCGUUGAUCAGAAAUGUCAUAGCUAAAAUUUUUUCCCAGUCUGUAGAUAGUCUUUUUACUCUUUUGGUGAAGUCUUUGGCUGAGCAUAGGUGUUUGAUUUUUAGGAGCUCCCAGUUAUCCAGUUUUUCUUCUGUAUUCUUAAUAAUGUUUUGUCUACUGUGUAUGUAUUAGGGCUCCUAACAUUGUCCCUAUUUUUUCUUCCAUGACCUUUAUUGUUUUAGAUUUUAUAUUUAGGUCUUUGAUCCAUUCUGAGUUAGUUUUUGUGCAUGGAGUGAGGUAUGGGUCUUGUAUCAUUUUUUUUGCAGAUGGAUAUCCAGUUAUGCCAGCACCAUUUGUUAAAAAGACUGCCUUUUCCCCAUUUAACUGUUUUGGGGCUUUUGUCAAAUAUCAACUGCUCAUAUGUGGAUGGAUUUAUGUCUGGAUUCUCAAUUCUGUUCCAUUGAUCCAUGUAUCUGUUGUUGUACCAGUACCAGGCUGUUUUGACUACUGUGGUGGUAUAAUAGGUUCUAAAAUCGGGUAAAGUAACACCUCCCACUUUGUUCUUCUUUUUCAGUAAUGCCUUAUUUAUCCGGGGCCUCUUUCCCUUCCAUAUGAAGUUGGUGAUUUGUUUCUCCAUGUCAUUAAAGAAUGUUGUUGGGAUUUGGAUCGGAAUUGCAUUGAAUGUAUAGAUCACUUUUGGUAGAAUAGACAUUUUUAUAAUGUUAAGUCUUCCUAUCCAGGAGCAAGGUAUGUUUUUCCACUUGUGUAAGUCUCUUUUCAUUUCUCGCAGAAGCGUACUGUAGUUUUCUUUGUAUAAGUGUUUUACAUCUCUGGUAAGAUUUAUUCCUAAGUAUGUUAUCUUCUUGGGGGCUACUGUAAAUGGCAUUGAUUUGGUGAUUUCCUCUUCGAUGUUCUUUUUGUUGGUGUAGAGGAAUCCAACUGAUUUUCGUAUGUUUAUCUUGUAUCCUGAUACUCUGCUGAACUCUUCUAUUAGUUUCAGUAGUGUUCUGGAGGAUUCCUUAGGGUUUUCUGUGUAUAAGAUCAUAUCAUCUGCAAAGAGAGAUACUUUUACUUCUUCCUUGCCAAUCUGGAUGCCCUUUAUUUCUUUAUUCAGCCUAAUCGCUCUGGCUAGGACCUGCAACACAAUGUUGAAUAAGAGCAGUGAUAAAGGGCAUCCUUGUCUGGUUCCCGAUCUCAAUGGGAAUGCUUUCAGGCUCUCUCCAUUUAGGGUGAUGUUGGUUGUUGGCUUUGUAUAAAUACCCUUUAUUAUAUUGAGGAAUUUUCCUUCUGUUCCUAUUUUGCUGAGAGUUUUCAUCAUGAACGAGUGUUGAACUUUGUCAAAUGCCUUUUCUGCAUCAAUUGAUAAAAUCAUGUGAUUCUUGUCUUUUGUUUUAUUUAUGUGGUGGGUUACAUUAAUUGUUUUUCUUAUGUUGAACCAUCCCUGCCUACCUGGUAUGAAUCUCACUUGGUCAUGGUGAAUUAUUUUUUGAUACGUUGUUGAAUUCUAUUGGCUAGAAUUUUGUUGAGGAUUUUUGCAUCUAUGUUCAUGAGGGAUAUUCUGUAAUUUUCUCUUCUUGUGAUGUCUUUACCUGGUUUUGGUAUUAGGGAUAUGGUGGCUUCAUAGAAUUGAGUUUGGUAGUAUUCCGUCCUUUUCUAUGCUCUGAAAUACCUUUAGUAGUAGUGGUGUUAACUCUUUUCUGAAAGUUUGGUAGAAGUCUGCAGUGAAGUUGCCUGGACCAGGGCUUUUUUUUUUGUUGGGAGUUUUUUGAUUACCUUUUCAACCUCUUCUUUUGUUAUGGGUCUAUUUAGUUGUUCUACCUCUGUUUGUGUUAGUUUAGGUAGGUAGUGUGUUUCUAGGAAUUCACCCAUUUCUUCUAGGUUUUCAAAUUUGAGUACAGCUUUUCAUAGUAAUCUCAUAUGAUUCUUUUAAUUUCAGUUGGGUCUGUUGUAAUAUCGCCUAUCUCACUUCUUAUUUGGGUUAUUUGCUUCCUCUCCUGUUUUUCUUUUGUCAGUUUGGCCAAUGGUUUAUCAAUUUUGUUAAUUUUUUACAAAAAACCAGCUUUUGGUCUUCUUAAUUCUUUCAGUUGUUUUUCUGUUUUCUAUUUCACGUAGUUCUCUAAUUUUUAUUAUUUGCUUUUUUCUGGUGCCUGAGGGUUUCUUUUGUUGCUCUCUUUCUAUUUGUUCAAGUUGUAGGGAUAAUUCUUUGAUUUUGGCCCUUUCUCCAUUUUGGAUGUGUGCAUUUAUUGAUAUAAAUUGGCCUCUGAGCACCGCUUUUGCUGUGUCCCAAAGGUUCUGGUAGGAAGUGUUUUCAUUCUCAUCGGAUUCUCUAAAUUUCUUUAUUCCAUUCUUAAUGUCUUCUAUAAUUCAGUCUUUUUUGAGCAGGAUAUUGUUCAGUUUCCAAGUGUUUGAUUUCUUUUCCCGUUAUUGAUUUCCACUUUUAUGGCCUUAUGGUCAGAAAAGAUGCUUUGUAGUAUUUCAAUGUUUUGGAUUCUGCUAAGGCUUGCUUUAUGACCUAAUAUGUGGUCUAUUCUAGAGAAUGUCCCAUGUGCACUAGAAAAGAAAGUAUAGUUGGUUGCUGUUGGGUGGAGUGUUGUGUAUAUGUCUACGAGGUCAAGUUGGUUGAUUGUGGCAUUUAGAUCUUCCAUGUCUUUAUUGAGCUUCUUUUUGGAUGUCCUGUCCUUCACUGAAAGUGGUGUGUUGAAGUCUCCUACUAUUAUUGUGGAGCUGUCUAUCUCACUUUUCAAUGCUGAUAGAGUUUGUUUUAUGUAUCUUGCAGCCCUGUCAUUAGGUGCAUAAAUAUUUAAUAUGGUUAUAUCUUCUUGGUGUAUUGUCCCUUUAAUCAUUAUAUAGUGUCCUUCCUUAUCCUUUCUGAUGGAUUUAACUUUAAAGUCUAUUUUGUCAGACAUUAAUAUUGUCACUCCUGCUCUUUUUUGAUUGUUGUUUGCUUGAUAUAUUUUUUUCCAUCCUUCGAGUUUUUGUUUGUGUCAUUGAGUCUAAGGUGUAUUUCUUGUAGGCAGCAAAGAGACAGGUCGUGUGUUUUUUUUUUAUCCAUCUGCCACUCUCCCCUUUAUUGGUACAUUUAGUCCAUUUACAUUCAGUGUAAUUAUUGAUACCCAUUGCUGUCCAGUUGAUUCCAACUCAUAGCGACCAUAUAGGACAGAGUAGAACUGCCCCAUAGAGUUUCCAAGGAUCGUCUGGUGGAUUCGAACUGCCGACAUUUCGUUAGCAGCCAUAGCACUUAACCACUAUGCCACCAGGAUUACUGAUAGGUAAGAGUUUAGUGCUGUCAUUUUGAUAUUUUUUGUGUGUGUUGUUGACAGUGUCUUUGUUCCACUUAAUUUUCUGUGCUGAGUUGUUUUUCUUUAAGUAUUGUCUUUUCCUCUUUUUCAUUGUUGUUGACUUUUGCUGUUGAUAUUUACUAAGUCUUUAUGUUUUUCUUGUUUUUUAUUUUGAUAUGUAGGAUUGUUAGUUUCCUUUGUGGUUACCUUAAAAUUUACCUCUGUUUUUCUAAGUUUAAACUAAUCUUAUUUUUCAGUAUUGCCUUGACAUCCUCUCUAUAUGAAAGUUCUAUGAUUACAUUAUUUAGUCCCUCUUUUUUUUUUUUUUAAUAUUGUCAUCUUUUAUAUAUUGACAUCUCUCUUUCCCUGUUUUCAGUGUUUUAGCUUUCAUUUAUUUUUGUGACUUCCCUAUCUGGGUUGAUACCUGGUUGCUCUGUCCUGUGUUUUAGUCUUGGGUUGUUACCUGAUGUUAUUGAUUCUCUAAUCAGAGGACUCCCUUUAGUAUUUCUUGUAAUUUUGGUUUGGUUUUUGCAAAUUCCCUAAACUUCUGUUUAUCUGGGAAUGCCCUAAUUUCACCAUCAUAUUUGAGAGACAGUUUUGCUGAAUAUAUAAUUCUUGGCUGGCAUUUUUUUCUUCUUCUUCUUCAAGGCUUUAUAUAUGUCAUUCCAUUGCCUUCUUGCCUGGAUGGUUUCUGCUGAGUAGUCAGAGCUUAGUCUUAUUGACUCUCUUUUGUAGAUGACUUUUCAUUUAUUUCUAUCCACUCUUAAAAUUCUCUCUUUAUCUUUGGUUUUGGCAAGUUUGAUUAUAAUAUAUCUUGGUGACUUUCUUUUGCCAUCUACCCUGUGUGGGGUUCGAUGAGCUCCUCGAAUAGAUAUCUUCUCAUCUUUCACAAUAUCAGGGAAUUUUUCUGCCAACAAAUCUUCAACGAUUCUCUCCGUAUUUUCUGUUAUCCCCCCUGUUCUGAUAGGUUAUUCCUCUUGAUAGAGUUCCAUAUAAUUCUUCAGGUUUCUUCAUUUUUUUUUAAUUCUUUUAUCUGAUUUUUCCUCAGAUAAAUUGGUGUCAAGUACUUUGUCUUCAGUCUCACUAAUUCUGACUUCUUUUGCCUCAUUCUGCUCCUAUGACUUUCUAUUGAGUUGUCUAAUUCUGAAAUUCUAUUGUUAAUCUUUUGGAUUUCUGUUUGCUGUCUCUAUGGAUUCUUGUAGGCUGUUAAAUUUGUCAUUUUGCUGUUGUAUAACCUUUUUAAGUUCCUCUAUGGCUUUGUCUCUGUGUUCCUUGGCUUGCUCUGCAUUUUGCCUGAUCUUCUUCCUGACCCCUUGAAGAGCUCUGUAUAUUAAUCUUUUGAAUUCUACCUCUGAGAAUUCCAGGACUUUCUUUUCUUCCAGGAGGUUUCCUGAUUCUUUGUUUUGGUGGCUUGCUGAAGCCAUCAUGGUCUGCCUCUUUAUGUGAUUUGAUAUUAACUGUCAUCUCGAGCCAUCAAUAAGUUAUUAUAUUUAUUUUAUGUUUACUUACUGUGUCUUAGCUUCUUGUUUUGUUUUGCUUUAGUACACCCAGGUAGGCUGAUUGUGUGAGCUACUUUGAUUAUUGGUGUCUUUGAAGCUCUUACAUCCUGUCACCAGGUGGUUAGAGCUGCUACUAGGUAUGUGAGCCCAGAAGUCCAUUUACUUUUCUUGUGUGGAUUCAGCUCAGGUGUCCAGGUCAUUGGUCACCGAGUGUGUGGCGCAGGCUCUCACCUACAGUCCUAGGUGGGCAGGGCUACAUAGAGGUGAUUGAAGCAGGACAGGUAUCUGGCUGCAGUAGGGGCUUAUGUGCUGAGCAAGGUAGGGGCCUGAUAGCUGUCCCUGAGUUCCUGGGUGGAAGGUGUGUCCCUGUUCCCUAGAGUGUGUAGGUGGUGAGUUUUGCAGGCACCCAGUGCUGUUGGCUGUAAGGACUGGGGAGCACCACUUAUUCCCGGACCCCUGUCAUGGGUGGCUAGAUGGAGUGGGUAGAGUCACCAGUCCUCAGGCCCCUGGUGUGGGUAGGUGAGGACCCUGCUUAAUGGGCAGGGUGGUGUCAAAUGUCACAAAUCUGACACUAUCCCUUAGCUGUUGCAGUUGAAAAUAGGCUUCAGGUAUAUACCCUGCUCUUCUAUGCUAAUGAGGACCUAUGCUGUUGAAAUGGGCCCACAUAGGUCUAGGCAGGGGUAAAACGCAUUCAAAGUCUGUGGACCCCUUAUGUCUGUGCCUAGGCAAAGGGGCUGUACCUGCCCUGAGGUCCCCGUUUAGUGGAAGUGGCAGAUUAAUUUUUCCUAUUUAUUAUUUUGUUAAUUUGUUCUCUCUCCAAAGCCAGGAGAAUGGCUCGGGUUGUGAGACGGGUCCCACUUCCAGCCCAGGGGUCACGAGACCGCUGACCAGAGGAGAGCAGGGAGGGUGUGGGUGAAGAGGAGAGAGUUAAUUCCCAGAGGGGAAAGAGUUAUUUUGAUCCCGCAUGGUAGAUUAGAUGCUUGCACUUUACUUUUUCAGAUCUAUCAUAGCUUUCCCUUGGUUCUGGGGGCUUGUGCAGACUGUCUACCACUGGGUAUCUCCCAAUGUGGAAAACAUGUCCCGAGUGCUACUGCUUGCCUCAGCCUGUGUGCGCCGGCCAAUCCAGCCUUCAGGGUACUGGCCAGGUCAGGUCUGGUAAAUCCUCACUGCUUCUGAACUGUCUCUCCCUCCCCGUGCUGCCCAGACUCCUCAACUUUGUCUUUGAUGUUCAGGGCUCCUAGGUGGUCAUAUAUAAUCAAUUCAUUUGUUUCUUCAGGUCUUUGUUGUAAGAGGGACCACGGGAAGUGUCUGACUGCUACGCCUUCUUGGCCCUGCCUCUUCUAAUUGACUUUUUAAUGUCUCUGUCUUAAAGAUGAAUGGACUGCCAAAAAUCAACACUUUAACAUUCCCCAAAACCAACCAAACCCAUUGCUCUUGAGUUGAUUCUGACUCAUAAUGACCCUUUAGGACAGAGUAGAACUGCCCCAUAGGGUUUACAAGGAGCAGCUGGUGGAUUCAAACUGCCAGCCUUUUAGUUAGCAGCCAUAGCUCCUAAGCACUGUACCACCAGGUGUCCUCUAUACCUAUCCCAGAUCUAAACCCAUUGCUGGGGAGUCAAUUCCAACUCAUAGUGACCCUAUAUAAGACCGAAGUAGAACUGCCCCACAGGGUUCCCAAGGGGUGGCUGGUGGGUUUGAACUACUAACCUUUUGGUUAGCAGCCAUAGCUUUUAACCAUUGUGCCACCAGGGCUCUAGUCCUAUACCUAUUAAAAAAAAAAAUUAGAAUGGCUAAAAUUAAGAAGACUGACCACACAAGUGUUGGCAAAGAUGUGGAGGACCUGGAACUCUCAUAUACUUCUGGUGGAAAAGUAAAAUUGUACAACCACUUUGCAGAGGAAAAUGCCAACAGUAGGCAUGCCAGUUUGCACAGCAGAACUCUGAAAGGCUCAGGAAUUGGAGGCACCUAGUACCUCAAACAACUGGAGGGAAGAGAGAGGCAGAGUAAUAUGUUGAAAGACUUGAGAAGGAACAGUUAAGCCACAGAUCCCUUUCCAUAUCCCAUCCUGCACCUUUACCGCAGAAAAAGAAAGGAAGCUUUUUUUUUUUUUUUUUGAGAAAUUCAACUAGAGAAGCACCAGACUCAGGAACAAAGGUUGAGUGUUGAAGCACCGUGCUGAAAACUGAGAUUAAACUAUUAAAGAUUAAACUGCCAAAUUCAGGCAGUUUCCAAAAAAGUCAAACUAUACACCUACCAUAUGAUCCAGCCAUUCACUCCUAGAUUUACCCAAGAGAAAAGAAAGCAUGUGUCCCUACAAUGACUUGUACAUGAAUGUUCAUAGCAGCUCUAUUUUUAAUAACCCCAAACUGGAAAUAACCCAAAUGCCCAUCAGCAAGUGAAUGAAUAAACAAAUUCUGGUAUAUCUAUGCAUAGUGUCACUUCUUUCAUGUCACGAGCCUGCCCAGGUUCAAGGGACAGGAACACAGACCCUACCUCUCAGAGUCAAAGUCACACUAAGAAGAGCAUGUGGGAUGAGAGAUAUUGUUGGAACAAUCUUUGGAACAUACAAUACGCCACAAUGUGUGAUGUGUAUUCCCUUGAAAAUACUAAUGCUUUUUUAAGCCCUACUCUACAUGUCAAGCUCAGAACACAAAGAAUCAUUGUCCCGUAGCUUGGUACAAUGCUCUUGUUUGUUAAGAGCCUAUUAAGUAGAGCAACUCUUCCUCUGCUUAAUGAAAGUUCUUUUUUUCAGAAGGAACAGAACAGUGUUCUAUCAUAAACUAAGUGCUCUUCAAGACCUGCUCAAGCUCAAAGAAAAUGCAGUGCAGGCUUGUGGACUGAGAAUCAGAUGUGAAAACUGUAGUUACCUCAAGUCAACAGUUUUGUGGAAAUAGACAAAGAACACCCAAAUACAAACGAAGGCUAUUUAUUCAGAGUUUGCUAUAGCAAGGGGUCAGCCACCUUUCGUUUUCAUUUGGCAGAUGUAAAAGGCAGGCAGAAGAGUGGGAAAGCUUUAGAGUGGAAAAUAGGGAAGGCUCCAGGUAGUCCCCGAUUGGAGUCUAUUGGCAUGAGGAAGCUGGAGGUGGGUGUACUAGAAGCAGGGUAUUUUAUGUGAUUGGUUAAAGCCAGGAAUUAGUUGCCCUCAAGUUGAUUCCAACUCAUGGCAACCCCAUGUGUAUCAGAAUAGAACUGCUCCAUAAGGUUUUCAAUGGCUGAUUUGUUUUGGAAGAAGAUAGUCAGGUCUUACUUUCAAGGUGCCUCUGAGGUGGGCUCAAACUUCCAACAUUUAGUUUAGAAGCCGAGUACAGUAACUUUUCACCACCCAAGAAUUAUAUGAUCUGUAAGGGGAGCAUAUUGGGCUUUCUCUGGUUGGUCCUAAGUUGGAAGUGGAGACAAAAAUUAAGGAAGCUGUCAGUUAUUAAUCAAGUCCUGGCCAUUUUGAACCCAUUGUUACAGGGAUUGUUGCUUGGCUUCGUGGACUGGUAGCCACAGGUGGUGGUUUGACUUCGUGGUUUGAAUGCUGCAGGUUGUGGGUCAGAGUUCUGUUUUUAUAUAUGGCCUGGUCAUUGUCCAUUGUUCAUUCAGUCUCUCACUUCUCAUCAUGGCUACUGUUCCCAGUGGAAUAUUUCUAGCUGCCAGUCAUGUCUGUGCACAGUCUGGCCAAACUUUUUGGCAUUAUUAAGUUAUCCUACACCACUCUUCUAGAAGGUGCUCACUCUUGAUCGAGAUGCUAAAAAUGGACCCUAGAAAUUGGGCCCAAGUGGCCAUUAAACUAGCUUCUUAGUUUGAAAAUGAAAAUUAAAGGGAAAGAAAUGAAUAUUUAACUUGCCUUUCCAGAAGGGACUGUGUUUCAUGGUAAUCAAAUGGCCCCAGAUGAUGAGGAAAAAAUAGGUAUUUUACUAAAGAAUGUUAGUCAGUAAUGUAGAAGAGUUGAAAGAAUUAGCAAAUCAACAUUCUGCAACAUCCUUAACUCAGGCAGGGAUUAUCAAUGGUGUUAAAAGCAUUAGGUGUGUGGUUAAUGGGAAACUGAACUUUAAUAUAGUCCCGAAGCAAUACCAUACAGAUUACUUCCUAGUUGCAGGGGAGAAAAGCAGAGUCCAUCCAUGGAGUCAGACAGUCAUUAGCCUCCUCCAGUGGUGGUUAGUCUUAGCAUCACUAAUGGUGCGUCAACCAGAUAUUUCGUGUUUCCUAAUGUGAUACAGGAAAACUGGGUAGCGUAGAGGUUAAGUGCUGUGGCUGGUAACCAGAAGGUCAGUGGUUCAAAUCCACCAGCUGCUCCUUGGAAACUCUAUGGGGCAGUUCUACUCUGUCCCAUAGGUUCACUAUGGGUUGGAAUCAACUUGACGGCAAUGGGUUUUGGUUUUAAUGUGAUACAAAGAUGAAAUAAACACAUUACCUGUAGUGUAGAGCCAAACAUAAUUAACUUGAUACUAUCAAACUUUUCUUCUAAUCUCCAUUUGAUCAGAAAUACAGAAAAUGGGAACAAACUAAAUAACACCAAAAAGAAGGAAGUAUUCAGACAAAUCCAAAAGAUAAGUCACUGUCAUGUCAAAGAGAGACUGUUAUUUGUUUAGAAGAGUCAAACUAUCAUAAUACAUGUGUGUAUUGACUAAACCAGGUGCCAAAUGUAUAGGCAUCUUAGGGAUGCAUGAGGAAAUCUGAAUAUGAACUAGUAUUAGAAAAGAUAAAAAUUUAUUUAUACGAAAAAAUGAAGGUCAUUAAAUUCAAAAAUCAGGUUAUAAAAUAGCAUGUGUAGUAUGGCCUGAUUUUGGUAUAAAAUACACAAUAUUUGCAUAGAAACAGAUGAUCCACACUGGCACCCUUAGGAGAGUAAGGGGGGCGGGCAGCGUUGGUACUUAUGCCAGGACAACAGGUAUAAACUGGGUCUUCCAGGCUAGCUGGGGGGAAUGGCCACCCUACAAGCAACUGUUCUCAAACUUCAGUGUGCAGAAUUGCCUGAGGAGCACGUCAAAUGAGAAUUCAUAGGCCAGAGAUUCUGACAGUAGGUUUGAGGUGGGGCCCAAGAAUCACCUUUUUUUCAUAAGUGCCUGGGUGAUUCUGAUGCUGGGGUUGGUGAGGAAAUACGGCAGGGCCUAGAGCAGUUUCUGGUUGACACUACCGCUAAGCAGGAUUGGCUAACCCUUAUGGAUAAGUUUUACUAAAGUUUGCUUUUUUUUUUUUUAGUUACCGCCACCCGUUGCUGUCAAGUUGACUCUGGCUCAUGGUGACCCACGUGUGGCAGAGUAGAGCUGUGCUCCACAGGGCUUUCAAUAGCUAUUUUUAAGAAGUCAAUCACCAGACCUUUCUUCUAAGGCAUCUCUGGGUGGACUUGAACUGCCAGCCUUCAGGGUGUUGUCUUGGAAGAAGUACAGCCGGAAUGCUCCUUAGAAGCAAGAAUUGCAAGACUUCGUCUAACUUAAUUUGGACAUGUUAUCAGGAGGAACCAGUCCCUGGAGAAGGACAUCGUGCUUGGUAAAGUGGAAGGUCACUGAAAAAGAGGAAAACCCUCAACAAGAUGGAUUGACACGAUGGCUGCAACAAUUGGCUCAAGCAUAACAAGAAUCUUGAGGAUAGUGCAGGCCUGAGCAGUGUUUUGUUCAGUUGUGCAUAAGGUUGCUAUGAGUUGGAAUCAACUGGACGGCACCUAACAACAACUUAAAAUUCACACAUUUAUGUAUAUAUAGGUAUUGUGGCUAAGAACCCGGCUGCUAACCAGCAGCCACUCCUCGGAAACUCUAUGGGGCAGUUCUACUCAGUCCUAUAGGGUUGCUAUGAGUUGGAAUUGGCUUGACAGCAAUGGGUUUAUGCAUAUUUCUUUAUAUUCUCACUUCUUUCUGGAAAGUAUUAAAGCUGGAAAUACUUACUAUAAACUUAUUUUCCCUCACAACAGCCCUCUUAGGCUUGCGAGGAACACAAAUGUGGUGGUCCAAAGUUCUUGUUUACUUCUUGAAUGCUGGUGUUGUACUUUAAGGCCACACCCCUCCAUGAAGAGGCGAGUCCUACCAGAGGAGUGAGGUAUGUUAGUCUGUUAAGUCCUGUAAGUCUGUUAAGGAGGAGGAACAUUUCUCGAAUUUGAGGUGGAGACCAGAGCAGAGAAGACCUGGGUGGGCAGCAGGUGGGCGGCCCCACCGAUACUGCCAAUGAGGGGAUUCUUGGGUGCUGGGCUGGAGGAUGGUGCCCUCUAUGGAGAAAUGAGCAACCCAGGAGGGCCCCUGAAGACUCAUGCCAGCCCCUUUGGGUGGGUAUGUAAGUCUCUCAGAUAGUGAGUGAAUUGGGUUAGGGCUUAUGAACUAUAGGGACAAAUUAGCUACGUUGGAGCUGACCCCAAUACUGGAAAAGCCACUUCGGCUUAGAGUCAAGAGGAAACCACUGGACAAGGCAAGGGCUUUCGGUGAUGAGAUACAAGACUCAUCUCUAGAUUUAGAACAAGCUUCGCCUGUUUACUGUCUGCGCCAUUCUGUGGGUCUUCCACAGACCCUCCCCUCCCCUUAAACCACCUCGGCAGUGACAGCUUUUAUGCAUUUAUUCCGGAUGCUCCCUGGUAUUUGUGAGGCAGAGUUUGCUUCUGGGUUGAGCCUGUUUUUCCAGAAAUGAGCUCACAUCUGUGUGUGUAUCCACCUUUGGCAAGGACAAGCCCUCUUAUAAUCUAAUGUCCUUGUGCUAGGCGUAUGUUUGGAGUCAGCUAUUGCCUUUGAGGCUCUAAGUCCUUGAGGACUAGAACUGGGAAAUCAUUACUGUGAAUCCCCAGGCAGCUAAAAAGGUGCUCCGCCCUGUGGGUAUUUGAUAGAUGUUUGGUGCUAGCUUUUCUUCUACAUGCAAUCGCAGGAUUCUGUCAUCUGGGGAGUCGAUUCCACCUUGUCACUCCUCCCCCAAGCUCAGCUGCAGGAGAUCAGCUUCAGGAGAGGAGUGUGUCUUCCCACAUAUGGCUCUGCUUUAAACUUAAUGUGUUUCUUGAGUAUCUUGAUACCAUGGUGAUAGAUGCCAUAGAAAUAGAGAAAAGGAGGACCCAAAACACCGGGGUGCUGUUUAUUUUAAGCUGGCAGUAUUAUUUAUGUCCCACAGUGGAGUGUUAGCCCUCUCUGUAUCCUCACGCACUUAGACUCUCCGGCUCUGGACAAGAACUGAAAUGCUGCGUUCAGUGUAUAAAGCUACACGUCAUCACCAUUGCUUCUUACUUUGUGUGCCGUUGCCACUUUCGUAGGCACUUUCACACACAUCACUUCCCUCCUCUGAUCCUGUGUUAGGGCAGGUCUUAUUCACUCCUGUGUUUCUGAUGAUAAAUUUGAGGCUCAGAGAGUAAGUGAUUUGUCAAAGUCACAUGGCCAGUGAGUGGCCGGCCCCUCUGUUUUCUUCCUCUAGGCCUCCUUAUACUAUGAUUGAGGAGACAGUGGUGGCUCAGUAGUAGAGUUCUUGCCUUCCAUGCAGGAGACCCAGGUUUGAUUCCUGGCCACUGCACUCCUGUGCCGUCACCACAUGUCUGUCGGUGGAGGCUUGCAUGUUGCUAUGCUGCUGAAUAGGUUCCAGCAGAGCUUCUAGACUAAUAGAUUAAGACAGAUUAGGAAGAAAGGCCUGGAGAUCUACUUCUGAAAAUCAACCAGUGAAAACCCUAUUGGAUCACAGUGGUCUGAUCUGAAACCAAUCAUGGGGAUGGUGAAGGACCAGGUGGCAUUUCACUCCAUUGUGCAUGGGAUCACCAUGAGUUGGUGACCGAUUCGGCAGCAGCCAACAACAGUGUGCUGUGAUUGAACUGUGCAAUGGCGGGCACUCAGGAUAGGCUGGUCAGAUAGAAACCCGGUGCAUUUUGGACUGUGCCAUUCAAGUUAGAAUUAGCUGUGUGGGGCAGUCUAAGCGCAAAGAGAAAUGUGGGCACUUCUGCAUGAAGCCCACAGAGAAAUGUGAUCAGCUGCGGAAGAAUUUUGUUAGUUUUAUGUCCCGAGGCAAAAGAAAGCUUAAGCCAUGCCUGUACCCUGUUUUCAAGGCCGAUGGCUCCUUGCCAGCACAGUCAUCUCCAGUCGUCUCAGCUUACUGUGCCUGAGCUAGCCCAAAUAUUGGUCCUGAGAAUGCUGCACUGCUGCCUUCACCCCUUGUACUGGGUUCGAUAGUGUCCCCCCAAAACUCACGUCCACCCAGAACCUGUGAAUGUGACCUUAUUUGGAAAUAGGGUCUUUGUCGAUAUAAUCAAAUUAAGAUGAGAUCGUACUGGAUUAGAGUGGGCCCUAAUUCAAUGGCUGAUAUCCUUAUAAGAAGAGGGAAAUUUGGACACAGACACACCCAGAGGAAAGUGGCCAUGUGAAGACAGAGGCAGAGACUGGAGUUAGGUAGCCACAAGCCCAGGAAUGUCAAGGACUUCCUGCAACUACCAGAAGCUGGAAGAGGCAAGGAAGCAUUCUUCCCUAGAGCUUUUGGAGGGAACAUGGGCCUUCCAACAGAGUUAAGAGCUAGGCUGCUAACUGAAAGGUUGGCAGUUCACCCACCAGCCGCUCCACAGGAGAAAGACGUGGCAGUCUGCUUCCAUAAGGAUUACAACUUUGGAAACCCUAUGGGGCAGGUCUACUGUGUCCUAUAGGGUCUCCGUGAGUAGGAGUUCUUUUGAUGGUAACAGGUUCAAAGCAUCAGGGGACAGACUGAGCUCAGGCUGAGCCAACACAACAUGAAAUGCUUAAAAGUCCUGCAACUUCUUGUUUCUGGGCUAUUGCCUUUGCUGUCUAGAUGCCCUUUGCUGCCUCCUGCUUCUCACUCUUCUUUGUCAAAUCUGACCUCUCCUUAAGGCCUAGUUCAAAUAUUCCCACGUUCAAAAAGUUUUCCCCAUUCCCUACUAUUCAAAGAGAUCUCUCCCUCCUUGGAGCACCUGUGACACUACUAGUUUGAGCUAGGGUUUACAAGUAAGGACCAAAGGUGCUAAGUUAUCCAUGUUCUCAAUUCAGAGAUUCACCAGUAAGCUCCUCAAAGUUGGGGCCAGCUAUCUCCGAACAAGGCUUACAAAGAGGAGUCUGGGCUGGUCCCACAACCCCCUAUCCAAGCCCUCUCCCUACCAAUCGGAAGUAAGAAGAGGAUUCGAAAGGGGGAGGCUGAAUUGCUUUUAGGGAGAGAGGCUGUUCACUCCCCUCCCUAAAGCCAAAGAAGGAGGUAGGGGAGCUACUAUGGAUUGAAUUGUGUGCUGCCAAAAGAUAUGUUGAAGUCCUAACUCCUGGUAUGUGUGAUUGUGACCUUGUUUGGAAACUGGGUCUUUGAAGAUGUUAUCAGUUAACAUGUGGUCAAACUGGAAUAGGAUGUGUCCUAAUCCAAUAUGAGUGUUGUCCUAUAAAAGAUGAGAGGAGACACAGACACCCGCAAACAGGGAAGACAGCCAUGUGAAGACAGAGGCGAAGAUUGGAGUGAUCUACGAGCUGAUGAAUUCCAAGGAUUCCAGUCAUCACCAGAAGUUAGGAAAGAAGCAUGAACAGAUUCUUUCUCAGAGCCUUAGAAGGAAUGAACAGAGGGGAUAUUCCCCAUCCUGCCUCCCCCCAUCUAAAAAAACAUUUUUUUAAUUGUGUUUUUGGUGAGACUUUACACAGCAAUUAGGUUCCCAUUUAACAAUUUCUACACAAAUUAUUCAGUUAUUUAGCUAAAAGGCAACCUCAGGGACUAGUUUUGGUUCAAGGUUUAAAGAGUAUCUCAGGGUGAUAGUCUUAGGAAGUCCUCCAGUCUCAAGGGGUUCAGUUACGUAUGGAUUUCUUUUAAGAAUUUGAGUUCUAGUCCACAUUUUUUUCCCAUUCUAUCCAGAUCCAUUUAUUGGUAGCCCUGAUCACUAGGGUUGGUAGAGGUAGCUGGGCACCAUCAAGUUCUUUUAGUCUCUGGGUAGGUGGGGCUGUGGUUCAUGUAGACUAUUAGUCCUGCAGACUAGUUUCUUCUUUGAAUCUUUGGUUUCCUUUUUCUUUUUUGCUCUGGAUGAGUAGAGACCAAUAGUUGUAUCCUAGAUGGCCGCCUGCAAGUUUUUAAGACCCCAGACCCUACUCACCAAACUAGAACGCAGAACAUAAACUUUAUGAACUAAAUUAUGCCAAUUGACAAAGUUGUCCCGCAGGACUAUGGUCCUGUGCCUUCGAACCCAGGAAACUAAACUUGUGAGAUAUUUGGUUAUGUCCAAGAAGUAUCCACAACUAUGCCAUCUAUGUAGUUUACACACAUACCUGUCCAUUUAGAUACAUCUGGAGCCCUGGUGGCACAGUGGUUAAGAGCUUGAUUGCUUACCAAAAGUUGUCAGUUCAAAUCCACCAGACACUCCUUGAAAACCCUAUGGGGCAGUUCUACUCUGUCCUAUAGGGUUGCUAUAAGUUGGAAUCUACUCAACAGCAAAGGGUUUGGUUUUUUUGGUUUUGAUACAGAUACAUCUAUAUGUGUAUACGCAUGUACAUAUAUAUGCCCAUACACAUAUAUGCAUAUAUACAUACAUAUGUAACCGCACACAUUUUUUUUUUGGUGGUACAAAAUUACAUGUCUUAUCUUUUACCAAAAAAGUCCUUUUCUCUUGUGUAUUUCUUAGUGGCAUCAUUUACCUUGGUCAAGCUGUGAAACAGUGAUUCCCCCCACCUCCCUCCUGUCCUCUUCUUUCUGGUCUGAUGAGCAUCAAGUUUGUAGUACUUUGUUACUAUAGCCCCAAUACAGGGUCUAAGAGAAUCAUAAGAAAAAAAUUAGAGGUGUUUGCUGGCAUUGUUCUCCCCAGUGGUUGUUUGCUUGGCCCUUGGACUUGCUGCCGUGGGGUGUGGAGCAGGAGUAAGAGAAUGGGAGGGGCGUGGUGGGGGAGGAUCCUGCCGGAGAGGGUUCAGAGCUGCUGCCUUGAGUUCUCAGCUCCUGAGGGGUGGAAAAUGGGUCUGUGCAAGCAGUUAAGCCCUGAAGUUGACCAUGGAGGGUGGGUGAGAGAAGACGAUGCUGUGGCCACAACAGUGAAGGAAGCAAAGAAGAGAUGCAUGGGGUUGGGGGUGGUGGUGGUGAUGCAUCCAUGCCACCACCUGGCAAUGUGCUAGAAGCAGGGCUGCACUUAUACAAGGGCAGAGUGCCCUAGGGGAGCUUUGAGGGAGGGAGGGGGUCCUCACCAGCCUCACAGGGACAUAGAUAACAAGUGGCUAAAACCAAGGAGGGGAUAGCAACCUCAACCCACUAAGUAAGGAGACACCCGUUCUUUGCCGCUCCCUUCUUCCUGCCUUAGUGCCUCCUGGAGGGGUUACCCUACAGAAGAGAGGGGGAGACGGGUAAGGGAAGACCAAGUCUAAGCUAGAUUCACACAUGGAUCCAGCCUGCAUGGGCUGAAGGGGAGGUGAGGAAACUUGAAAUUUUAAAAUGAAUAGGACUGAGUCUUCAAUCUGAAAUAAGUGAAGGUGACUGGAAAGCUAUGGAUGUGGCAAAGAUGGGAUUAAGGGUUCUGCUGUUGGGGGUGGGAGGAGGGAAUCAACCUGGACUAGUUAGGGGCAAUUAUUGGACCACAAUUCAUGUUUUUACCUCUCUCCCCCAAGUUGUUGAGAUUCUUCAAUAAACUGUUUAGAAUUAUUUUUGUACCUGUCUGAAGUUUUUUGGCUCAUCCCUUCUACCAGUCUGAAGUUUUUUGAGGGAGGAGUGUAUUUGAUUUGGUGGGGGGGGGUGAUCAGUAAAUGCUUGUGGUGCAAAGUAAGGGACACACACUGAGUGUGAUUAGGCAAGAAUGUUUUAUUUAUUUAUUUAUUUUUAUUGUACUUUAGAUGAAGGUUUACAGAACAAACUAGCUUCUCACUAAGCAGUACGCAUAUUGUUUUAUGACAUUACUUUCCCUUCUUAACGUUGGGUUCUUUAUUACCAGCUUUCCUGUCCCCUCCUGCCUUCUAGUACUUGCCCCUGGGCUGGUGUGCCCCUUUAGUCUUGUUUUGUUUUAUGGGCCUGUCUAAUCUUUGGCUGAAGGGUGAACCUUAGGAAUGACUUCAUUACCGAGCUAUAAGGAUGUCCAGGGACCAUAUUCUCAGGGUUUCUCCAGUCUCUGUCAGGUCAGUAAGUCUGGUCUUUUUUUGUGAGUUAGAAUUUUGUUCCACAUUUUUCUCCAGCUCUGUUCAGGGUCCUCUAUUGUGAUUCCUAUCAGAGCAGUCAGCGAUGGUAGCCAGGCACCAUCUAGUUGUACUGGACUCACUCUGGUGGAGGCUGUGGUAGGUGUGGUCCAUUAGUCCUUUAGACAAAUCUUUCCCUUGUGUCUUUGAUUUUCUUCAUUCUUUCUUGCUCCAGAUGGGGUGAGACUAGUGGAGUGCCUUAGAUGGCCACUCACAGGCUUUUAAGACCCCAGACAGUACUCGCCAAAGUAGAAUGUAGAACAUUUUCUUUAUAAACUAUAUUAUACCAACUGAGCUAGAUGUUCCCCAACACCACGGUCCCCUCAGCCCUCAGCCCAGUAAUUGCAUCCCUCAGGCAGUUUGGAUGUGUCUAUGGAGCUUCCAUGACCUUAUUUUGGACCAGUCCUGCUGGCUUCCCCAAUAUUCUGUACUGUCUUACCCUUCACCACAGUGACCCUAUAGGACGGAGUAGAACUGCACCAUAGAGUUUCCAAGGGGCGCCUGGCAGAUUCGAACUGCUGACCUCUUGGUUAGCAGCCACAGCACUUAACCACUACGCCACCAGUGUCACUAUGAGUCGGAAUCGACUCAAUGGCACUGGGUUUGGUUUUGGUUUUACCCUUCACCAGAGUUACUGCUUAACUAUGUCUAUUUAGUAUUUUUCCAUCCGCACCUCUCCCCUCCCUCGGAGCUGUCAGACAUUGUUUUUUUGUGUAUAAACCUUUUCAUGAGUUUUUAUAGUAGUGGCCUCAUACGAUAUUUGCCUUUUCAUGGAUUGACUUAUUUCACUCAGCAUAAUGCCCUCCAGAUUCAACCAAGUUGUGAGAUGCUUUGCAGAUUCAUCAUUGUUCUUUAUCUUUGCAUAGUACUCCAUUGUGUGUAUGUACCAUAGUGUUUUUAUCCAUUCAUCUGUUGAUGGGCAUCUAGGUUGUUCCCAUCUUUUUGCUAUUGUGAACAAUGCUGCAACGAACAUGGGUGUGCAUAUGUCUAUCUUUGUGACGACUCUUAAUUCUCUAGGAUAGCUUCCUAGGAGUGGGAUUGCUGCAUCAUAUGGUAUUUCUAGUUCUAUUUUUCUAAGGAAGUGCCAUAUGGUUUUCCAGAAUGGUUGUACCAUUUUGCAUUUCCAUGAGCGGUGCAUAAGAGUUUCCAUCUCCUUGCAGCUUCUCCAACUCUUGUUAUUUUCUGUUUGUUGGAUUCAUGCCAGUAAUGCUGGGGGUGAGAUGGUAUCUCAUUGUCGUUUUGAUUUGCAUUUCUCUAACGGCUAGUGAUAGUGAGCAUUUCCUCAUGUGUCUGUUAGCUGCUUGAAUGUCUUCGUUGGUGAAGUGUCUCUUCAUUACCUUUGUGCAUUCUUUAAUUGGAUUAUUUAUCUUUUUGUUCUAGGGGUGUUGGAUUUUCCUAUAGAUUUUAGAGGUUAGACCUUCGUCAGAUUUGUCAUAGCCAAAAAUGUUUUCCCAGCCUGUAGGUUCUCUUUUUACUCCUUUGGUGAACGCUUCCGAUGAGCGUGUUUGUUGAAUUUUUAGAAGAUCCCAGUUAUCUAGCUUAUCUUCUGAAGUUUGUGUGUUGUUAGUUAUGGUUUGUAUCAUGUUAAUGCCAUGUAUUAGGGCCUCUAGCAUUGAUCCCAUUUUUUCUUGUAUGAUUUUUAUAGUUUUUUGGUUUUGUAUUUAGGCCUUUGCUCCAUUUUGAAUUAGUUUUUGUGUACGGUGUGAGGUACGGGUCCUGUUUCAUUUUUUUGCAGGUGGACAUCCAGUUUCACCAGCAACAUUUGUUUAAAAGACCGUCUUUUGUCUAUUUGACGGACAGUGUGGUACUUCUGUCUAUAGCACCAUGUCGGCUCUGCCCCCAGGCAAGCAUGUUCUUGAUGAGGUGGGUUUAACUUUUGAUGGGCAAGAUGGAUCCCAAGUAGCAGUUCAGAUUGGCCAUUUGCUUGUGGCUCCCCACCCCCCUUCAAUCUGUUCCUCUCUGCUCAGACAAGAGGUCCUCUGUGUGGACCCCUUACAUAUGGACCUUCCACUGGGUGAUCCUGUUCAGUUCAGUUUAACAAGUGGUUAGCAAAGGCCUACUGGGUGCCAGGUACUGUCCAACAGGUCACAGAAGACAGCAAGGCAAAGCCCUAUGCUUACUGUGUGCAGACCUGUAGGGGAGAUAAAAACAUAGGAAUUUCAGUAUAAUGCAAUGGGUGCUCCCUUGGGUGGCAGUAAUCCACAGUAGGAGAAAGGCAAAGGAAGGCACUGAAUCUGGGCAGAGGGAUGAGGGAGGUCUUCCUGGAGGAAGCAGGUCAGAGGUCAUCUUGACAUCUGGUCUGGUUUACCCUCAGGGCAGCCUUGGGCUUCUCCACUCCUCACAGCCUAAAGGCCACCAUCUGGCGUCAGCCAAAGUGGAGUCCAGUCUCCAAGGGCACACCACUGGGGGAGGAGUGGAGGGGUGUAACAAUGAUCUGUUAUGUUAUCUUUCCCCACUAACAUGUUCACUCUCAGAAGGUAGAAAAAUAAUUCUAAACACUUUACUGAAGAGUGUAAGUCUUAUCAUCAUUCUCCUUUUGUAGACAGAGAAAACGAGGUACAGGGAGGCUAAGCAACUGGCCCAAGGACACACAGUAGAAGCACCAGAGCCAGAAUUCAAACCUGGCAACCAGGCCCCAUAGCCUGUGCUCUCAGCCUCAGAUUAGGUGUAAUUUUACAUGCCAAGAAAAUGUUUCCACUUUAAUCAACUUGAUCAAAUGGAAUACUUGUUAUAAAUUCACUCCCUUUAAAGGUGCUAGUUCCUCACUUGCACCUUCUGGAAAAUUCACCCUUGAUUUAGGUGUUCAGUAUGGGACUCAGUGUCACCGAGCCCUGGGAAUGUGUUACCACUGAGAUUCUGUCGUCCAGAUGUCUGGAAACCUCAUUUAAAAAAGAUCUCAAAAUAAAGUUCUUGUUGUUAGGUGCCAUCAAGUCGGUUCUGACUCAUAGCAAUGAUAUGUAUAGCAGAAGAAAACACUGCCGGGUCUUGUGCCAUCCUCGCAAUCAUUGUUAUGCUUAAGCCCAUUGUUGCAGCCACUUGACCCAUGUCAUUGAGGGUCUUCCUCUUUCUCCCUGACCCUCUGCUUUACCAAGCAUGAUGUACUUCUCCAGGGACUGAUCCCUCCAGACAACAUAGUGAAAGUAUGUGAGACAUAGUCUCACCAUCCUUGCUUCUAAGGAGCAUCCUGGUUGUACUUCUUCCAAGGCAGAUUAGUUCAUUCUUUUGGCAGUCCAUGGUAUAUUCAAUAUUAUUCUCCACCACUGCAAUUCAAAAGCAUCAAUUCUUCUUCCGUCUUCCUUAUUCAUCGUCCAGCUCUCACUUUCAUCAGAGGCGAAUGAAAACACCAUGGCUUGGGUCAGGUGCACCUUAGUCUUCAAGGUGACAUCUUUGCUUUUCAACACUUUAAAGAGGUCUUUUGCGCAGAUUUGCCCAAUGCAACGUGUCUUUUGAUUUCUUGACUGCUGCUUCCAUGGGUAUUAGUUGUGGAUCCAAGUAAAAUGAAAUCCUUGACGACUUCAAUCUUUUCUCCAUUUAUCAUGAUGUUGCUUAUUGGUCCAGUUGUGAGGAUUUUUUUUUUCUCUUUAUUUUGAGGUAUAAUCCAUACUGAAGGCUAUGGUCUUUGAUCUCCAUUAGGAAGUGCUUCAAGUCCUCUUCAAUUUUAGCAAGCGAGGUUGUGUUUGUUACCUGCAAAAUGCAGGUUGUUAAUGAGUCUUCUUCCAAUCCUGAUGCCCCGUUCUUCUUCAUAUAGUCCCAAAAUAAAGUUAGAAAUAACUAAAUGGGGAAAAAACCUCUGAGAAAUGAUUAAAAAGCAACCACCAUACUUUUAUCAAUAAAAUUAAUAAUUUAUUAAUAUCAUCUCAUGCUAGAGUUCAGUUUUCUCUGAUUGUUUCAAAACAGUCUUUUUAUAGUUACAUUUGGUUGUAGAUCUCUUAAGUCUUUCCUAAGCUAUGCAAGAAUAUCUUAUUUUAAAUUUUGCUCAUUCUAUUUGUUGAAGAAACUGGGUCGCUUGUCUUGUAGAAUCACUAGGAAGACUGAUGAAUAUGGUUUAAGAUUUCUUUGUGAUUCUCUCAGUCUCUAGGCUCUAUCCUAUCAGGGAUGUUCAGUCAAAAUACUGUGUUUUAAAGUCACUUGAAAUAAUUCUUCUUUAUGUGAUUAUGAAAUCAACUUGAUACACUGUUAGUUUCAUUUAUUUCAGUUUGGUUUUGAUUGACAGGGGUUGCCAUUUCCAAAUAGGAUUUUGUUUUUUAAUUAUAUAAAAUAUUUACAUGGCUGAAAGUCAAAAUUAUACAAUAAGAUAUAAAUGCCUGCCCGCUUUCUCACUGAACUCAUCAUUCUCUUUCUCCGCCUAAAGAUAAUGAUUUUUUAUUAGUUAUUGCUUUAUCCUUCCAUUGUUGUUUAUGUUGUUGUUGUGUGCCAUAGAGUCGAUUCUGAGUCAUAGCAACCCUAUAGGACAGACUAGAACUACCCCAUAGGGUUUCCAAGUGAGCGACUGGUGACCUGCUUCCAUAAAGAUUACAGCAAAGAAAAACCCUGUGGAGCAGUUCUACUCAGGAACACAUGGGGUUGAGGUGAGUCGUAACCGACUCCGCGGCAAUGGAUUUGGUGUUUUUUUUUUUUUGGUUCUAACAAAAAAGGUAGCAUACUAUAUGUACUCUUCUGACCUUGUAUUCCUCACAAACCAGUAUGCUUUGGAGGCCAUCCUUACUCCUUUUCACAGCUAUGUAAUUUAUUCAGCCAGCACCUUAUAGAUGGACACUUGAGUCGUUUCCAGUCUUUGCUAUUACAAAUGGUGCUGCAAAGAAUAACCUGGAGCACGUGUCAUUUCACAACUUUGGUAGUUAUGUUUGGGAUAGGCUCCUAGAAAUGUGAUUGCUGGGUCAAAGGGAAAAGGCACAAGCAAUUCUGCUAGAUGUUACAAAAUCCUCGUCCAAAGAGACUGUGUACCAUUUUGAAUUCCUAUCAACAAUGUAGGAGAGUGACUAUCUCCUCAGAGCCUCACCAACAGAGUGUAUUUUGGAACUUUGGGAUUUUUUUGCCUCCCUGAAAGAUAAUAAAUGGUAUGUCACUAUAGUUUAAUUUUGCAUAUCUUAAGCAAUGGUGAACAUAUCUUCAUUUGCUUUUGCUUUUAUGUGAAAUGCCUGUGUAUAUCUUUUGACCAUUUUUCUACCAGGUUAUUGGGCUUUUUCUUCUUAGAAAUUCUUUCAUUGUUAAGGAUAUUAGCCUUUUGUCUGUGAUAUAAUUUGCAAAUAUUUCCCCCAGCUUUUCAUUUGUCUUUUGAUUUUGCUUAAGAUAUUUUUAUAUUAUCACGGAGUCAAACUUAUUAAUCUUUUUCCUUAUUAUUUCUGGAUUUUAUGAGCCAUAAUUAGGGAAAAUUCUAGCCUCAUCUAGGUUACCAAGUAAUCCACCCAUUUUUUUUCUUCCUUUUUUUUUUAUUUUUUUAUUAUUUGUAUGGUUUCAUUUUUACAUUUGGAUUUUUUUUUAAUCUUGAAAAAUAUAUAGGUGACAAAAUAUUUGCCAUUUCAGCAUCUUCACAUGUAUAGUUCAGUGACACUAAUGUUCAUCGUGUUGUUCGAUACAUUUAGAUCUUUGAUCCACUUGGAAUUACCCAGGUAACUAACAACAAUUUUGGAUAACGGAAGGCUGGGACACUUAUUGUUUAGAAAAUGUAAUGCAGGCCCAAUUAAAAAAAAAAAUUUUUUUUUAAAGAAGUUGUUUGUAAUUCAGACUUAGUCAAACAAAAAGCAUCUACUGAGUGUCUAUGUACACACUAGAGUGCUGUGGCUGGGUGAAAUUAAAAAAAAGAAUAAUCAUCUGGACAAAAGCCUUUAAAAAGUCAAGUAACCUUGAAGAGGGGGUUGUUACUGAUAGUGGCCAUGGAGUCACCUCUGACUCAUAGCAACCUUAUGUACAACAGAAUGAAAUGUUGCCCAGUUCUGGGCCAUUUCCAUGAUCAUUGGUAUGGGAGCGUUGCAUGCCAUCGAGUUGAUCCAACUCAUAGUGACCCUGUAGGACAGAGUAGAACUGCUCCAGAGGGUUUCCUAGGCUGCAAUCUUUAUUCUUUCUUUCUUUUUAUUGUGCUUUAGGUGAAAGUUUACAGAUCAAAUUAGCUUCUCAUUCAACAAUUUAUAAACAAAGUGUUUUGUGGCAUUAGUUGCAAUCCCCGCAGUGCGUCAACACUCUCCCCUUCUCCAUCUUGGGUUCCCCACUUCCAUUCAGCCUGUUUUCCUGUCCCUUCCUGCCUUCUUUCUUUGCUUUUAGGCAGGUGUUGCUCAUUUGGUCUCAUGUACAUGGUUGAACUAAGAAGCAUGUUCCUCUCAUGUGUUAUUGUUUGUUUUAUAGACCUGUGUGAUCUUUACUGAAGGGUGACCUUCAGGAGUGGCUUCAGUUCUGAGUCAGCAGGGUAUCAGGGAACUAUAGUCUCAGGGUCCUCCAGUCUCGGUCAGGCUGGUAAAUCUGGUCUUUUUUUGUGAAUUUGAAUUUUGUUCUACAUUUUUCUCCCACUCCAUCCGGGGCCCUCUAUUGUGAUCCCUAUCAGAGUGGUUGAGGUGGUAGCUGGGUACCAUCUAGUUCCUCUGGACUCAGGCUGGUGGAUGCUGGGUUCAUGUGGUCAGUUAGUUCUUUAGACUAAUAUUUCCUUUGUGUCUUUGGUUUUCUUCAUUCUCCUUUGCUCGGAUGAGAUGGGACCAGUAGAUGUAUCUUAGAUGGCUGCUUGCAAACUUUUAAGACCCCAGAUGCUACUCACUAAAGUGGGAUGUAGAACAUUUUGUAUAUGAACUAUGUUAUGCCAAUUGACCUAGAUGUCCCCUGAGACCAUGGUUCCCAGCCCUGUAGGCUGUAAUCUUUAUGGGACCAGAUCACCAGAUCUUUUCUUCCACAGAGCGGCUGGUGGGUUGAACUGGUGACCCUUUCGUUAGCAGCAGAGCACUUAAUCACUGCACCACCAGUGCUGCUUGAUAUGCGUGUAGAGGUCAUGAAAAAAGCAAAUGAGUGGCUCAGACAGUGAAGGCAAAGAAUUCUCCCUCCACAGAGGGAGAGAGCUCUGCGGGCUGGGUGACCCAGGAGGCUUCAAGAAGGAAGUAUCUUCACUUAGUCCUGGAAGGAUGAAUAGGAUUUAGGCUGACGGAAAGCAAACAGAAGUGCAUCCAAGCAAGGACAGCAUUGUGAAUAGAGGUAAUGGGGGCUCCUGAAGGCGUUUGGAAAACCCUGUAAACAAGACUCAUCAUAGAGGACAUAUGCGAAGCAUCUGACACUGUCCCACUGCAAUUGGAAAGCAAAGCUCUCUGCUCCAGAAAUGAGGAGGCUGUCUUCAGUCUCUAUGGGCAGGGACCAUCUUAGAGGACCCGGGCAUAAAAGAACCCCUCCCCAGUUAACUCAUUUUUGGUGGUGAGCUGCUUGCAGAUGCUGAACUCCAUGGGCAAAGACACUGUGAAGAUUGGGAUUUGGUUUUGCUUUAAUCAUUCCAUUCUUUGCUGGCACUGAUGGGGUGGGGGGUCCUUGAGUCUGCAAGAGGACCCAGCCAGCUCUCCACAGAUGGGGACACAUAGUAGCCUUGUGUUUCCUGCUUGGCCAGCCCAUGGAAGGUAGACACCUAGGCUUGGAGGGGUCUCUGCUUAGGCACCACUGCUUCUCCUCCUCCCCCUGCCCCCAUAUCCCCUUCUUCUCUCCAACAGUCAGAAUAAGCACUGGCAUUUAUCUUGGAGGGGCAGACAAGCCUAACAGCCUAAAACAGCCACCUCACCACCUGCCACUAUACACUAGAAUCUCAUCUCCUUGAGUAUUAAAGUAAAAAAGGCCCCCCAAUUUUCAAUUAAUCUAUUCGUGUGUGUGUGUGUAUUUGCAGGGGUGGGAAUAUUUUGUGGCUUUCCCUCUUCUGUUACUCCCAAGAACCACUUGCAGGCCCCACACCCAUGCCUCUUUGUCUGGGCUGCCCCUGGAUUGCAAGGGCCCCCUCACCAUGCAUCCUCCCACUUCAAGGCAGGGUGACACUGCAGAAUCAUCCCCCAAAAGAAUUUAUUUAACUUCUUGAGAGAAUCUAUUUCCUACUUAUGUCUAACCUAAGGUUUUUAAGGAAGACCAAAGAAGAAUUGAUGCCUUUGAAUUGUGGUGUUGGCAAAGAAUAUUGAAUAUACCGUGGACUGCCAAAAGAACAAACAAAUCUGUCUUGGAGGAAGCACCACCAGAACGCUCCUUAGAAGCAAGGAUGGCAAGACUGUGUCUUAUAUACUUUGGGCACAUUGUCAGGAGGGAUCAGCCCCUGGAGAAGGACAUCGUGCUUGGUAAAGUACCUGGUCAGUGUAAAAGAGGAAGACCCUCAAUGAGAUGGAUUGGCACAGUGGCUGCAACAAUGGGCUCAAGCAUAACAACGAUUAUAAGAAUGGUGUAGGACCAGGCAGUGUUUCGUUCUGUUGUGCAUAGGGUCACUAUAAGUCGGAACUGACUCGAUGGCCCCUAACAACAACAACGACAAAAACAACAAUAACGCUUUCAUGCUGCAGAAAUACAAAAUACCUGCAUAUCACCAUUUCUUGAUUACAGAUGCUACUGUUUUUCCCUCUUAGAGGGCCACCUGGACAGUGGGUACCCUGGCUCUGCCACUAUCCACUGGGUGACCUUGGGCAAGUGACUUGGGUCAGAGUCUGUGUCUGCACCUGUGAUAACAGGGACAGCAAGCCAUGCUUUGCCCGGUUGUGGUGAAGACUACAAGUGCCUGGCUCAUGGGCAGAGCUCUACGAAAAUUUGCUUUAUUGAUAUGUCCAAAAGCCUCUAUUAGUGUAGUCCUCAGCCUUCUGUGUCUCCUAACCUUACCCAUCCUGUUUUCCAACACUUUAACCAGUCCCUCUUUUUGAGGGCAUUGCUCUGCUACAGCACUGAGCUCACCCAGAAGCAUCUUUUGAGCCUCUAUUGGAAAUAUUCCUUUCCAAGCAAGGUUUCCACCGACAAAACUGGCCUCUAGGCCCAAGUAGGCUGCCCCAGGGAGAAAGCAUUCCUUAGAUACUGCUAGCAGGACAGGAGCAGACAGAGGUGAUGUAUUUACCAUUUUGUCCUCAGCUACUGGACACCAGGCUCUGUGGGAAUUAGUGAAAGGCAUCUUGAAUUUCAGGGCACAUAUUUCUAUCCGAGGUUGAGCUAUCUACCUUCUCCCUCCACGGACCUGCACCAUAUCCUCCCAGAAAUAAGUGACCCAACCUCCUUGUGGAAUGACCUACCCAGAAAGCAAGACUUCCUGGGUAUAGGAAGAGAACUGGGACAGCACAUGAGGGAAAGAUGAGGCUCUGGUGAAUUAAACAGGGCACAUAUGGCUGGUCGGAGCCAAGUCAUUAAUGUUUCUGCUGAUUUCCCCUUGGGGUCAUAGGAACUAUUUUUCUCUCACCUUUACUUCUCUCUUGCAAUCUGCAACCUUUUUUAUAACCAAGAUGGUGGUACACAAAGUCAGGCACCCCAACACCUCCCCAUAAUCCUUAUUUCAAUGUCUUCCUCCCUCCCUUUUCCUUUGGCAGAAAUUCCCAAACUUGUCCCCAGGCUGCCCCUUUACCUCACUUUCUCCUAAAAGCAUGGCUGAUUUUAGCCAUGGUCCUACCCAAAGGACUCCUUUGUAUCUUAUUAUCUCAGGACCUGUGAUUAUUAAGGUUCUGUGUCAGCUUGGCCGGGCCAUGACUCUCAGUGUUUUGGCAGUUAUGAUGUGGUUUGGCAGUUAUGAUGUAUUUUGGCAGUGGUAUAAUGGUGUAAUCACCUCCAUGAUGAGAUCUGAUACAGUGUAAUUACCUCCAUGAUGGGGUCCUCUGUGAGUAGCUGAUCACUUGAAAGGGAGUUUCCUUGGGAGUGUGGCCUGCAUCCAAUAUAGGUAGGCUUUCUGGCAAGACUGGUUUGCUUUUGUUCUCUCUGGAUCCUGCAGCUGGCUCGUAUUCAUUUGACCUUCAGUUCUUGGGAUUUCUUGCCUGCCAGUCUUGUGUUCGCCAGCCCCUGCAGCUAUGUGAGUCGGAAGAAGCCUCCAGCCUGACCCACAGGCUUGGGACUUUCAAUCCUCUACAACUGUGUGUGCCAGUUCCUUGUUAUAAAUCUCUCUCUCUCUCUCAACCUCUCUCUCUCUCUAUAUAUAUCUAUAUAUACAUAUAGACACUUCACUGGUUUUGCUUCUCUAGAGAAUCCAGCCUCAAAAUGUUAAUGAUUGUAGACCAGAUGAAUUGUGGAAUGACAUUGUCUUAGGCAGAGUUCUCUAGAGAAGCAAAACCAGUAAAGCAUAUAAAUAUGUGUAGAGAGAGAUUUACAUCAAAGAAAUGGCUCAUGCAAUUAUACAGACUGGAACAUGCCAAGUCCGUGGAUUAGUAUAGAGGCUUCUCCCAAUUCACGAAGCUGCAGGAGCUGGUGAAUCCAAGAUUGGCAGGUCAGAAGGCAAGGCUCUUGCUCACAGGCUGUGAAUAUCGAUGAAUACCAAGAUUGGCAGGAAAGACUGCAAGGCUUCUCCUGAUUCAUGCAGCUCAGGGGUUGGCAAACACAAGAUUGACAGGUCAGAGAGCAGGGUUCCACUCAUAAGCUGUGAAGAUUGACAAAUCCCAAGAUCAGCAGAUAAGUUGAUAGCUCAAGUUCCAAGAACCGGAGGUCAGACGAAUGGGAGGCAGCCACAGGACCCAAGGUGAGAAAAAAGCCAGAACAUCUGCUUAUAUUUGAAUGCAGGCCACACCCCCAAGGAAACUGGUUUUAACUGAUUGGCUACACACAGCAGAUCCCAUCAUGGGAGUGAUCACAUAUAAACACUGAGAAUCAUGGCCCAGCCAAGUUGACACAUGAUUUUAACCACCAUGGUCCACCCUUGUCACAUGUACACAUCUCAUUAAACCAUACAUAAUCUCUGAAUAAAGACAAUUAUAAAGUCAUACUUGUGCCUAACAUAAUACAACUAACAUGUGUACAACCAAAAACACACUAGCCCUGUUUAUAUCUUAUAUUUUAUAUGUGGAAGAAAACAAAAAUUUCUGAUCCACACAUACAAAGUAGAAAUACUCAUAACAAUUACAGCCCUUGUUUCUGCAACUGGUCACGUGGCCGUAACUGGUAUUUAGAACUAUCUUCUUCAUUUUUUUUUUUUUCUUCCACCACCCAUUCUGUAUUCUCUUUGCCCUCAGCAAGCACCUUAGCUGGCUGUGGUUCUUGCCUGGUAGGGUGACCCAAACCUUUAUUCCUGAAGGGUCUGGGUCAUUAGUAGUCAUAUCAGAAUUAGGUUGUCUACUUCUGUAAUUUUAUUGUUAAUCUUCUGAAUUUCUGAUUGCUGUCUGUCUAUGGAUUUUUCCAGCUUAUUAAAUUUUCCAUUAUGUUCCUGAAUAAUCUUUUUAAUUUCCUCAAUUGCUUUGUCUGUGUGAUCCUUGGCUUGUUCUGCAUAUUGCCUCAUUUCCUUCCUGAUGUCUUGAAGCGUUCUGUAUAUUAAUCUUUUGUAUCCUGCCUCUGGUAAGAAGGCACUUUCAUCUAGAAGAUCCCUGGAUUCUUUGUUUUGAGAGCUUGUUUAGGUGAUCAUGGUCUGUUUCUUCAUGUGACUUGAUAUUGACUGUUGUCUCUGAGCUGUCUGUAAGUUAUUGUAUUAGUUUAUCUUAUGUUUGCUUACUAUGCCUUAGCUGCUUGCUUUGUUUUGUUUUGAUAAGCCCAAAUGGGUUGCUUGAGUGAGCUAAGAAGCUUGAUUAUUUUUGCCUUUGAAUCUCUUACGUCCUGUCCCCAGCUGGCUAGAGCUGUUAUCAGGUAUAUCAGUCUAGGAGUCCAUUCACUUUUCUUGUAUGAAUUCAGCUCAUGUGUCCAGUUAGCUGAUCACCAAAUGCGUGGUACAGGCUCUGUACUACAGUCUUAGAGGGGUAGGAGUGAUUGGUGUAGGUACCGGUAUCUGAUUGCAGCAGGGGAUCACACUCUGAACAAGGCAGGGGGCUGAGAAUCAUCCCCCAUGUGUCUCUGAGGAAAGCAUGUCUCUGUUCCCUAGAGCGUGCAGGUGGGUGGGUUCUGCAGAUGGACCAUGGGCACCUAAUGUUUUUGGUUGUAAGGACUGGGAGGUACCAGUUAUCCUUGGACACCUGUCACAGGUGGCUGGGUGACCUGAGUGGAGCCACCAGUUGUUAGGCCCCUGAUGUGGGUAGGUGAGGGCCCUGUAUAAUAGGCAAAGCAAUGUCAAACAUCAAAUACCCACCUCUCUGCCGCGCAGCUGAAAUGGUUGGAGUCUGCCAACAAGGGCCUCUUCUCCUGAAAUAGGCCCACACAGGUCCAUGCAGGGGGGAAAGGUACUCAAAGUCUAUGGAUCAUUUAUGCCUGGACAGGAGCCACUUCUGUCCUAAGCUCCCCCGGUUAGUGGAGCUGGCAAAUUAUCUUUUCCUUUAAUUGCGAAUUUAUUCCUUCUCCAAGGCCGGGAAGAUGGCGCUAGGUGCUCAACAGGGCCUAUCUCAGGCCCAGGGAAAUCAACCUCCGAAGCUGGCUUAGGGGUGGGGGGCGGGGGCGUGGUAAAAUAUACGCAAGUACUUAGCUUUUGCUGAGAGCGCCCUUCUUCUCUGGUACGGGAGGUGUGAGCAGGCUGUGUGGCUGGCUGCUUCUCUCUGAGGAAACUGCAGCUGAACGCUAGUACCAGCCUGCCACCGCUGCUCCCGGGAAUGGUGCCUGAGGGCUCCCCGCAAUUCAGGCCUGGUAACUCCUCUCCGCUGAACCAUCUCUUCCUCCCCCUUGCCCCGUAGUUCAUUUUAUAAGCUUGCCUUUGAUGUUCAGGGCUCCUAGCUUGUCAUAAAUACACUUGUUUCACUUGUUUUUUCAGGUCUUUGUUGUAAGAGGGCUCACCGGAAGCAUCUGUCUAUUCUGCCAUCUUGGCUCUGCCUCUCAUGUCAGAAUUGGGUUGCUGUAGGUUUCCACUGACUUUAAUCAUAGGGCAUGGUAGUACUAAGAGACACCCUAAGGGAUCACCUGCAUUCCAGACAUACUCUUCUUUACUUCCAUUAUGAAAUAGCAAUCCUAUUUCCUCUUGGUAAUCAGGAUCAAUCACACCAGCCAGUGUGGUAACUCCUUCUUUGCCUGUGAUACAGAGGCAUAAGGAACCCAAAGUGGCCAGGUGACAUUCUUAGCUUCCAGUUCAACAGAAUCAGUAAUGUGUCUCAAGGUGAGAACAUUUCUCCAUUUGAAACUAAGACCUCUAGACCUACGGAGCAUAAGGCCGCUGGGACAGGAAGCAAAAAACUUGUGAGUAGGUCACUAGGGGUAAUAGUGAGUGAUGCCACUCCCAUUUCCACCCCUUGAUUCCUGGACCCAUGAAUCCUGGCUUUGGGAGAAAUAGCACCGCAGAUUGAACACUGGUUUAGAGUAUAUACAGCCUCUUGAAGAACAUUGUCCCAAACUUGCAAGGUAUUGCUACCUAGCUGGGGCUGUAAUUGUGUCUUUAGAAGGUCAUUCCAUCAUUCUAUCAAACUAGCUGUUUUAGGAUGAUGGGGGAACAUGGAAAGACCAGUUAUUCCAUGAGCAUGGGCUCGUAGCCACACUUCAUUUGCUGUGAAGCGAGUCCCUUGCUCUGAGGCAAUGCUGUGUGGGAUAGGACAAUGGUGGACAAGGCAUUUUGUAAGUCCACAGAUAGUAGUUUUAGAGGAAGCAUUGUGUGCAGGGAAGGCAAAUUCAUAUCCAGAUUAAGUGUCUAUUCCAGUAAGGACAAAACACUGCCCUUUUCAUGAUGGAAGUGGUCCAAUGUAAUCAACUUGCCACCAGCUUGCUAGCUGAUCACCUUGAGGGAUGGUGCCAUGCUGGGGACUCAGUGUUGGUCUCUGCUGCUGACAGAUUGGGCACUUGGCAGUGGCUGUAGCCUAGUCAGCCUUGGUGAGUGGAAGUCUGUGUUGCUGGACCCAUACAUCCCUACCACCAUGCCCACUUUGUUCAUGAGCCCAGUGAGCAACGAUGGUAGUAGUUGUGGAAAGAGGAUGACUGGUUUCCACAGAAUGCAUCAUCCUAUCCAUUUAAUUGCUAAAAUCCUUCUCUGCUGAGGUCUUCCUUUGGUGAGCAUUCACAUGAGACACAAAUAUCUUCAUUUCUUUGGCCCAUUCAGAGAGGUCUAUCCACAUACAUCUUCCCCAUAAAUCCUUGUCUCCAAUUUUCCAGUCAUGUUCCUUCCAAGUCCUUGGCCAUUCAGCCAAACCAUUGGCCACAGCCCAUGAAUCAGUAUACAAUUGCACAUCUGGCCAUUUCUCCUUCCAAGCAAAGUGAACAACCAGGUACACUGCUUGAAGUUCUGCCCAUUGAGAGGAUUUCCCCUCUCCACUAUCCUUCAGGGAAGUCCCAAAAAGGAGCUGUAAUGCUGCCGCUGUCCACUUUCGAGUAAACCGGGCACGAGUUUUCCCUUCUUCAGUCAAAUGAUCAUAAGGAACUCGCCAUGAGGCCAUAGGUGCAGACUGGGAGAUGGAAGGUAAUGUGACAGGAUUGGAGGCCACGGGUAUUUGGAUCACUUACUCAUGCAACUUACUCUUGCCUUCAGGUGCUGCUUGGGCAGAUCUUGUAUAUAAGACUUCCAUUUAAUGAUGGAGUACUGCUGUGCACGUCCAACUUUAUGACUCUGUGGGUCACACAACACCCAGUUCAUGAUGGGUAGCUCAGGCUGCAAGCUGACUUGGUGUCCCAUGGUUAAGCAUUCAGUCUCUACAAAGGCCCAGUAACAAGCCAAAAGCUGUUACUCAAAAGCAGAGCAGUUAUCUGCAGAGGAUGGCAGGGCUUUGCUCUAAAAUUCUAAGGGUCUGUGCUAUGAUUCACCAAUAGGGGCCUGCCAAAGACCCCAAACAGCAUCUCUAUCUGCCAGUGAAAUUUCAAGCACCGUUGGAUAAGCUGGAUCAUGUGGCCCAAGUGACAGAAUAGCUUGCACAGCAAUCUGACCCUGUUGCAGAGCCUUCUCUUGUUUAGGCCCCAUUCAAAGCUAGUAGCUUUUUGAGUAACUUGAUAAAUAGGCUGGAGUAGCACACUCAAAUGAGGAACAUGUUGCCUCUAAAAUCCAAAGAUGCCCUCCAAGAGUUGUGUCUCCUUUUUAGUUGUGGAAGCAGCUAGAUGCAAUAACUUAUUCUUCAGUUUAGAAGGAAUAUCUUGACAUGCCCCACACCACUGGACCCCUAGAAAUUUCACUGAGGUGGGAGGUGCCUGAAUUUUUGUGGGAUUAAUUUUCCACUCUCUAGCAUGAAAAAAAAUUGUUUAAAUUGUGCUUUAAGUGAAAAUUUACAAAUCAGUGUCUCAUACAAAAAUUUAUAUACACCUUGCUAUGCACUCCUAGUUGCUCUCCCCCUAAUGAGACAACACACUCCUUCUCUCCACCCUGUAUUCCCUGUGUCCAUUCAGCCAGCUUCUAUCCCCUCCUGCGUUCUCUUCUCCUCUCCACACAGGAGCUGCCCACACAGUCUCAUGUGUCUACUUGAGCCAAGAAGCUCACUCCUCACCACCAUAAUUAUCUAUCUUAUAGUCCAGUCAAUCCCUGUCUGAAGAAUUGGCUGUGGGAAUGGUUCCAGUCUUGGGCUAACAGAAGGUCUGGGGACCAUGACUUCCGGGGUCCAUCUAGUCUCAGACAGGCCGUUAAGUCUGGUGUUUUUAUGAGAAUUUGAGGUCUGAUCCCACUGCUCCCCUGCUCCAUUAGGGAUUCUCUGUUUUGUUGCCUGUCAGGGCGGUCAUUGUUUGUAGCCAGGCACCAUCUGGUUCUUCCGGUCUCAGGCUGAUGUAGUCUCUGGUUUAUGUGGCCAUUCCUGUCCCUUGGACUCAUAAUUACCUUGUGUCCUUUGCUCCAGGUGGGUUGAGACCCACUGAAGCAUGAAAAUGUUUUACCAAUAUGUCCAGAGUCAUUGACACUUCUUCCUUACUAGGUUCUAUCAGCAUAAUCUCAUCAAUAUAAUGGACGAGUGUGAUGUCUUGUGGAAGGGAAAGGCAAUCAAGGUCCUUGUGGACUAAAUUAUGACAUAGGGCUGGAGAGUUGAUGUAGCCCUGAGGUAGGAAAGUGAAGAUGUAUUGCUGGCCUUGCCAGCUGAAGGCAAACUUCUUCCGAUGGUCCUUCAAACCCGUAUGGAGAAAAAGGUAUUAUCCAGGUCAAUAACUGCAUACCAGGUACCAGGAGAUGUAUUAAUUUGCUCAAGCAAUGAAACUACAUCUGGAACGGAAGCUGCAAUUAGCAUCACCACCUGGUUAAAUUUUCAAUAAUCUACUUUCAUUCUCCCAGGCCUGUUUUUUGCACAGGCCAAAUAAGUGAGUUGAAUGGGGAUGUGGUGGAAAUCACCACCCCUGCAUCCUUCAAGUCCUUGAUGGUGGUAGUAAUCUCUGUAAUCCCUCCAGGAAUGCAGUAUUGCUUUUGGUUUACUAUUUUCCCAGGUAGGGGUAGUUCUAACAGCUUCCACUUGGCUUUUCCUACCAUAACAGCCUUUACUCUAUUUGUCAGGGAUCCAAAGUAGGAGUUCUGCCAGUUACCGAGUAUAUCUAUUCCAAUUGUUCAUUCUGGAACUGGGGAAAUCACUACAGGAGGAGUUUGGUGACUCACUGAACCUACUGUGAGAUGGACAUGAGCCAAGACUCCAAUAAUAACCUGACGUCCACAUGCCCCCAUUCUGACUGGUGGGCCACAUUGCCAUUUUGUGUCUCCGGGAAUUAGUGUCAGUUCAGAGCCAGUAUCCAGUAAUCCCCCAAAAGCCCGAUUAUUUCCUUUUCCUCAGUGGACAGCCACUCUUGUAAAAGGCCUUAGAUCACUUUGGGGAAGUCUGGGAGAGAGAUUAACAAUAAAAAAUUUUGACAGUGUGUUUGAGUCCUUCCUCAAGGGGACCCAGCCUCCCCAUCAUUCAAGGGAUUGUGGGUCUUUAAACUCAUUCAAAUCUGGGAGUUGAUUUAGAGAUCAUGACUCUCUGUUCUGGCCGUUCAAGUUAGAUUGCUGUUCACCUGACCUAGAAUUCAUCCGUAUGUACAGAUCAAGAAAAUAUUUAGAUUUCCUA